AGUCACUCUCAGGAUAGGUAAGAACUAUCAUUAUCUUACUAUUAGUCCAAUAAAUGUGUUCUUUUUUUUUACUUUUUUUGGUACAUCGUCUGUUUGUAAGCAUUUAUUCGCUAUUACAGGAAUUGGGAAGACUUUACAAAGGAAUUAAAAAUUUUAGGCAAGAAUUGCAGAUUUUGAGAGUUUUAGAAUUAGACAAGUCGGUACAAGAUAAGGACAAAACCCCUUUUCAAUAAGUAUAUAUAUAUACACAUACAUACAUACAUAAUAUUAUUUAUUUAGAUAUUUUUAUCUAUUACAAUUUCUUAAUAUACAGUCAUAAUGGAAUCGUUUAAAUAAAUGAUCAAAACAGAAUCAAUGAUGUGGUUUAAAUACUUAAAAUCUUAAGGAUUAAGGUAUUUUAUUUACUAGGAUGUGAGCUAUCGUAAAUCAACAACCAGCUUGCAAAAUGUGGUCUAUAAUAACUAAAUAACAUACGGUAUACAUUUUUUUUUUUAAUGUUACAACUUUACUUAACUGGAGGUUUACAUUUUUUCUUCUUGCUAAAUCUGCUAUUUCAUGGUAAAAUCAGUUGUCACAUCCCCGCUUUUACUGUUUACUGAUAGACCUGUUAGUAAAAAUACCCCUUACUUUGAAUUUAACCACUUGUCUUUUAACCAUCAUGCCUGUCUGUCUAUAUUUUGGCCAAUUUUAAAUCAAUACUGGGGAUCCGUUCACUAAUUUGCAAGAUAUAGAGUAAAAUAGCCAAUUUGGGGAAAAUAAAAACGUAAACCUAGUUGAACAAGAGAUCUUUUUCAGUGCUUAGCAAAUUGACUUUUUAGUUUAAAUGAAGGCACCUUUCGUAACAGCAGCUUGAAUGCAUUAUAAUGGCACUGAUGCUGCCCCAUCAAAGUUUGCACAACUAUACCGAUUAUGUAGAGCAAUGUAAUAACACACAUAUUAACAUACAGGAUCUGAAAAUUGUACUCCACUUUAAAGGGAAUACAGGAAAAUGUAACUUGCUGUGUAUCUAUCCAAAACGAUUUAAUUUAUAGCUCUUGGGAUGGAAGGAGAGCCUAUAUGGGCCAAUAUCAUUGGAUAACUCCAUCUAGCUCUGUGCAUUGGGACAAUGCAAGGUGUCUUUAGUAUUCAUUUGUGUUCAAUGAUUGGCAGAUACAGAUUAAUGCUAAUAAUACUAGUGGUAUUUGAUUUAUAUACCAAUUUUUUUAUUUUUGUCCUCCAUAAUGUACAUUUUGGAUCUGUUAAUAAAAAAUAAAAAAAAAACACCUUAUUCAUUGUGAUAAUGGCAAUCUCUAGUUUGGUAGACAUUUUACUAAACUGUUUAGUACAAUUAAAUAUAUUUUCCUAAUAAUAUCCUUCCUCACAAAAUUAUGAUAACUUUAGCAUUUUUGGGGGCCACUUUUAACCAAUGUAUUUUUAUUAAGAUGUGAAUUAAAAAAUAUGCAGUCUAAUGUAUUUAAUAAGAGGAUAGAGAGCACGUGAUCUGCAGACUAUUUUUAUUCAGUCAGGUUAGUUCCAAAGGCAGAUCCCCAACUAUUAUAAGAAUGGCAACAUAUCAUUCUUUAAUUCUGCAACAGCUGAGGAGCUACCUUUAUUACCAAAGCCCCCGUAAAUUAAAUAUGCACAGUAUAUUGAAACUGUAAACACAAAUGUUUUCUACAAAUAUCUUAAAACCGCUAGUGAAUAAACGUAUAGACUUUGCUUAUUAUGUUUUUUCUAUGUUAUGUUUUAUAGUAGAUAUCUGCUUUAAAUAGAAGAAAUUGACAAUAAUCAGUUUUGAUGUUUGGUAAAUGUUGUUGUAGUUGGUUUAUGUUUAAGGUUGUUUCUGUGGUAAUGUUACGUUUAAUAUUAUACUAGCUAGGAGAUAUCACUGAUAUAGCUACAGCCUUUUGCUAAAUGCAACACUCUUGCUAGAUGGACAAAGUAUUAUGUUUCCAUAGUUUCUCUAUUCAAUUUACUUUAGUUGAGGUCUGCUCAAAGGACCACUAUAGUACCAGGAAAACAUACUCGUUUUCCUGACACAAUAGGGUCUCUAGGUCCGUCCGUCCCCCUUAGGGUCCUCCGCCCGCCGGGCUCUAGGGGGAGGAAGGGGUUAAUUCCUUACCUUUUCUCCAGCGCCGGGCUCCCUCGGUGGUGGGGAAUCUCCGCCUCCUUUCCUCGUCAUCAGCUGAAUGCGCAUGCGUGGCAAGAGCCGCACACGCGCGCAUUCAGCCAGUCCAUAGGAAAUGCUUUCCUAUGGACGCUGGUGUCUUCUCACUGUGAAAAUCACAGUGAGAAGCGCGGAAGCGCCUCUAGCGGCUGUCAAUGAGCUGAAAGGGUUAAUCCUAGAUGGUCCUGGCACCCAGACCACUUCAUUAAGCUGAAGUGGUCUGGGUGCCUAUACUGGUCCUUUAAAAAUACAAGAUGUCUGCCUCCAGGGCCUCACUAACUAUGUUUAUGUGUAGAAGCAGUGUCAGUUGCAAACAUAAAGACAGAUAGCAUUACUCAUUUUUUUUUUUUUUUAAACAUUAUAGAAUUAAGUCAAUUUUAAUAUCUAAAGCUAAUUUUCUUUGACUAUUACAGCAGCCAAAGCUGUAUCCUAGGCCAUUUUAAAAUAAAAUAUUGGUUAAUAAUUAAAACGGACACCGAUGGCAACCUAUUGCAUGUGUCACCAGUGGUACUGAGAGGCUUUUAACGUGACAGUCAAUUUCUGGCUACAUUGUAGCUAUCAGUCCUGAAACCAAUAGUACAUUUUGAGCCUGAUGGGCCUUGAUAUCACCAGUUUAGCUACUGCAUCUAGGGGUGAUAUCGACACACCGCUAAAGCACUUUAAGUGGAAGCAGGGACAAUCUCAGCUGGGGAGGGAACAUUUUUUGAGAAAGGUAGGGGAGAGCAUAAACAUAUGAUUGUUUUUUUGAUUUUUUUCAAGACUAGAUGCUCUAACAGAUCAAAUGUUGUCGUCAUCCCCCACCAUUCAUACAUAUGAGUUGUCGAGAGGUGAUACAUUUAUUUGAAUGUAUACUCAAAAACAAAGAGAUGCUGUAACAAGUGUAAAACUGAGUAAUCGUAAUUUAUUUCAAUUGGACACAUGCACAGUUUUAUUUAAUUGCAAAUCACACCUUAAACCUACAACCGUAUAGCAUACGCCAUGUAUAAUAUAACACGUAGACGGAAUUGGAAAGCAAAACGUAACAAGUGAAGCAGAGAAGUGGUGGAUUGCAGAUUCUUCUUGCUGACAAAGAAUCAAUACAAAAUGUGCUUUGUACUUGAGUAAGAAAGAGCCCUAACUAUGCCAUUGGCAGUGCUAUUUCUUUAGCAAUACAGUGAAAAUCUUAAAAGUCAAUUGUUCUAAACUUAAAAAGCAGCUAAGUCAUCGGAGCUUUGUAAAUCUCUAUACCUCAAAUUAUUUAACGUUAGAAAAUGCAGGAAUUAAAAAAAAAAAUAGGGAGUGAACAGGCAAGUAAAAGCUACAAGUAGCUUCUUCCAACUCUUCUAUUUGGUCAUAAAUGUUGGAAUUUGUCAACUCUCCCCCCAAAUUGUCAUUAGUAAGUUCUUUGGUCAACACACUUAUCAUGUCAACCAGAAUUGCCUGUCAUAUAUAUAUAUAUAUUCGUUUAUCUAUUUUCCAGGAAAACCAAAUUAAUUUUAACUUGUGAUUGUCAAACAGUAGUUUCAUGUUUUAUAAUUAAGUUAAUAUAUAAUUAAAUAUAAAUCUGGAAAUGAAUACCUUGGACUUUAGCGGACGUUUAAAUUUAGUCUCAAAGUUCACCUAAUUACAUCUUUUUAAAAAACGAACAAAAAAAAAUCCCCAAACACUAUUAGUAUUAUUCACUAAACUAAGAAUUAUUGGAAUUUCAAGAUUAAUUUAAAAAUUUAGGUAACAUUAGCCAAAAUGGAGAAAAUUCAUUAUAUUGUGGUUUACGGAACAGAUUUAAAUUCUGAAUAUGGGGUAGGAGAUACUGUAAGGCUAAAUAUUAACGAGUGAUGCAAAUGUAUUUGUUUCCUGUUGAAUUAUAACCAAUAUUUAGCAGAUGUGAAACUGUAAAGUGCAUGCAUUACCUGUUUUAGUAUUUAAAGGAACACUUGAACCACCAUAACCAGUACAGUCUGCUGUAGUAGUUUUGGUUCCAUGAGUGGUCUGGUGCUCCCCCAGAGUAAUCUGUCAAACUGCUUUGUUUGACAACUUACCUGGGUAUCUUGGUUGCCUGCGCUGCAUCCAGUUAUCUACUGCAGGAGCAGCUGGAUGUCUUCCUCGACCUGAGCAUGGUCCAAUACAAGGCUGCACUCAUUGGCUGUGUUCAGUUGAUGUUCUCAGCCAAUGAGCGUGGCCAAGCUCCGUGACGCUAACUGCAUACUCCUUGCAGGAGAGUUAAAAUGAACAGCUGUGGCCACCGGCAAAGGGCAGGACCCACGUAAGUUGUCAAAACAUUCUAAAAUGGAUUCACAACUUACUCUUGGAGUGCGCCAGGACACUCCUGGCACCAUAAGCACUAUUGUAAGCUGUAUUGAUUAUGAUGCUUGGAGUGUUCCUUUACUUCCUUCCAUUUAAUUAUGAUGUGACAAUAUUUUUUGCCAUCAGAUCACGUGUCUACAUUACCAGAAAUGCUUUGCACGUGACUACAUCAUUUUAAUGUCACCAUAUGAAAAGAAUGAAGGUGGUAGAACAUUUUGAUUUAUCAAACGUUUGUUCUGGUUCUGUUUUUCCCUCUAUGGGUUAAAGCUUUCGUUGUACCUUUAAAGAAAACACAACACAAUUUAUGAUUAAAGGAUGUCAAGUCCAUUCAGCACAACAAAAACCCUCACUGCAUUGCACACAGUCUGUUUUUGGAGAUCACUUUAAAUCCCCUUGAGAUUUCAAUGGUAAAUGUCUCAUGAUCUAGAAUGGUUAAAUCAUCCUGCCGAAAAAAAAGAGUUCCCAUGGGUUUCAGUUCUCUCACUAUUCACAGACAAAAGCAUUUGUUACUGAAAGGAUGAGGGUUAUAAUAUGGCAGCAACAGAUCCUGCCUCAUCCUUUUGUCAGAUGAUAUUUAGGCUUCAAGGUCUUUUUUUUUAAAUCAGAAAAUAGCUUUUAUUUCACACUCCCUCCCACAUAGACGAGACACAGCAGAGACACAAGGAGCAGUGUCCUACCCCGAGUGAUGAAAAGGUUGGCCUACCUAGGGAGUCCAGUGACCCUGGGACAGAGACACGUUCAAUGCUUACCUAAACAUUAAGCAUGACGCUGUCGGAAGUUUGUGACGCUUUUUUGUGGGAUUGAUCAAAAAAAAUUGACGAAAAUAAUUUAUGGCAUAGUCGUUGGGUUUCCUUAGAGCUGCAAGAGAUUCUCACGUGUCUAAUAAGUUAAUGUUGGUAUUUGAAAUAUAUCACUGGCUACCUCUUAAAUAUCUAUUAAAGUGUCUUCAAUGUGUACUCGUACUGCAAAUGAAGUUGUGUUAGGAAGAACGCGGUUUAGUGAGUGUGCACAUUUUCCUUGUGUACUUACCAUCAUAAUAGUUUAUAUGCGUGUGUAGAUUGAUUUGGAAUGGUUACUGACUGUUUUUAAGUAUACUUAAAGGAAAACUUUAGUGUUAGGAAUACAAAGUUUUAUUCCUAAAGGGUCCGGUGCCCUCUCCCCCUCCACACCCAGUGGCAAGUAAAGGAUUAAAUAACACUUUUUUUCACUUACCUGAUUCCAGCGCCAAAGUCCCUCAGCACUGGAUUGGGCUUCUACCCCACUGACGUGAGUCGAUGGGGGGGGACAUAAUGCGUAUGUGCAGUGAGCGCAGUAGGCCUUCCCCAUAUGAAACAUAUUGGGUUUUCUAAGACGAUGGACGUCCUCAUGCAGUUUCUUAAGGGGACAGGAACAGUGAUCCCAGAUCACUUCAAUGAGAUAAAGUUGUCUGGGGGCCUAUGGUGACCCUUUAAUAAACCUGAUGCAUUUCAAGUAACAUUUGCAUUGAGUGUGGUCUCCUCUUUAUUUUGGUCUGUGGAGUCCGUAUGUUUACACUGAACUGAUGCCUCAAUCCACUCCAAUUCCAAAUAUUAUAAUUAAGAGAAUAAAGCACUUGUACUCUUCUAUAACAGCUACAAGGUUUCUAUUUCUUGUGACAUUUUAAAGUUUUGAUACUCCAGUACUGAACAUUAAACUAGUGCAAUCUUUGAUAGAUGCAUAUAUUAGCCAAAUACAGCAAAUUAAACAUUUUAUGAGAGCAUACUUCACAAUAAUGUUAGAUUUCCAUUAGGCUCACGUAGAACUAAACCGACCAAAUAUCAUAAACAGAUGAUAAAUCCCAUGUUGGGGCAAAAAAUAUAAUAACCAUUGCAUGCAUAGAAUGGGAUAUUUUUCAUUGACUUGCUAAAUAUAGAGCCAUUAAGAGAGAUUAAUAAAAGUGUGAUGUUCUGAAAAGUGGUGCAAAGAUAUAAAAGAGGAGGAGUCACAAGUAAAAUAUCCUUGAUGUUUCCAUGGUGAUAGCACCUUGUUUAGUACUUUGCAUCUUGGGUAACAAAUCUCCCCCUCAGCGAACGCCAACAUAUUUUUGCUUUAGGCAACUUUCCUUAAUUUAUGGUGACCGAGAACUUAAUGCACAAGUCACUCUCAGAGUUAUUUUUUAGAGCUGUAUAUCAAAGUAAGCACAAUAUUAACACGGUUAUUUACUGAAGUGAGAAUUCAAAGUUAAUUUCAAAUGUAAGGCCAGAGUAGCCAAAUUAAAUUUAUAGCUGACUUAGAGAAUUUUUCCAGUUGAGCUAUUUUUACCUUAAAUUUGAAAUUCACUUUAAACUUUAAAUUUUCAAUAAAUUAUAUUCGGAAAGGAGCACACCCAUAGCACAAAAGAAUGUCUUUAUCACAUCAUACAGUCACUGUUACCCUAGCGCAUCACGGUCUGUCUGAAAUGCUGACUUUAUGCUCUUGCACGUCUGCUAAAAAAUUAAGAAGUGUUGAUGAUGAUCGUGCAACUGUCAGUCCACACAAUGUUUUAAUGUGCUCGGCUAGUGCAAAAUAGUUCAGAACAAGCAUCGAUCAUGUGAUCAUCACCUCUGCCACUCUACAACAGUCUGGCUUAAAGGAACACUAUAGGGUCAGGAACACAAACAUGUAAUCCUGACGCUAUAGUGUUAAAAUCACCAUCUAGCCCCUCUACCCCCCUCUUUUGCCCCCCUAAAUAUAGUAAAAUCUUACUUGUAUUAAAGUCUGCAGCUGCUGUCCCUGUUCCUAAUCUGCCUGCUUGGCUGACAUCAUCAGAAGGGAUUCUCUGAGCCAAUCACACUGCUUUCCCAUAGGAUUGGCUGAGACAGUCAAAGAGGCAGAUCAGGGGCAGAGCCAGCACAAAUCAAGCACAGCACUGGCCAAUCAGCAUCUCCUCAUAGAGAUACAUUGAAUCAAUGCAUUACUAUGAGGGAAGUUCAGUGUCUCCAUGCAGAGGAUGGAGACACUGAAUGAGAGUGCUGCACAAUGUGGAAGCACCUCUAGCAGCUAUCUGAGGAGUGGCCAGUGGAGGUAUCCCUAGGCUGUAAUGUAAACACUGCCUUUUCUCUGAAACUACAGUGUUUACAGCAAAAAGCCUGAAGGGAAUGAUUAUACUCACCAGAACAAAUACGAUAAGAUGUAGUUGUUCUGGUGACUAUAGUGUCCCUUUAAAGUUAUAUGGUUAGAAUGAUAAGUGAGUUCAGCUCUGUGUAACCCAUUCCGGCUACAUUCACUCAUCCAUUUUAUGCCGCCAAUCCUAUACUCAAACCAACGUAUAUACCCCCAUCCCAGUUACACUCUCAUACUCACCCACACACAUACCCAGUAACCUAUCAUUGCCAACAUACUCGUUGAGAUACACACAUUACACACAGGAUCACAUUCAAAGAUUACAUAUGCUGUCACACUAACAACAUACACAAUAUUACACAGAGGGUGUUCUUCACUAAAAAAAAAUAAUUGUAGUAAAUUUGAAAAUCAAUUUGCAAAGUUUUCCAAGUUAUUUACUAAAGUGAGAAUCGUCAGGCAUUUUAAAUUUAAUUUCAAAUUUUAGACCAAAAUAGGUGAACGGGACAAAUUCUCCAAGAGAGCUUGGUUUCCAGUUCAGCUUCUUUGGCCUUAAAUUUGAAAUUAAUUUUGAUUUCACUUUGAAUUUCGGACAAUUAUCACUUUACUGACCCUGUAUAACCCCAUAUAACAAAAAACAUCUAACCUGUGGGCCAUACCUGAGCUUGCUAAUUUUCCCAAAAUCAGCACAUGGUGCCUAAAUUUGAAUUUCGGUACACUACAAUUUGGUGUUCAGAGAAUAAACCUGGCAAUAUCACAUACAAAGGACAGAGACUAUGGAUGGUGAGAGUAGGUUAGAGAAUUUUGUUUUUGCUACAAAAUAGGCAUUUGUGGAUUACAUUCCAAUGAUGCUCAGUCAAUUCAAUUGGCCGGUUAGCAUAGCAUUUUGGAGUAUUACGUUCACAAACAUCUUCAGUAUUCAGUUAGCAAUUAGUUGUUUUCAGUUUGUUUGACUUCUGCUGAUUUGGCAUAUUGGGAAAUGUGAUCCAUAAAUAUCUGUAGGGUUAAGGGUUAUCAUCGUUAUUAGUGCCUACAUUUCCUUUAUUAGAAAACAAUUUGGAAUUUCUCAGGAGUGACCUCCCGCAAGGACCAAAAUUUAUACAAAAUACGAUAUGACUGAAUCCCUAUAUUUGUGUGCUUAAAUAGGUGAUGUUAAGUAGCCUUGUAGGAUUUCAAACUGUAUUUUCUGUGGGAUCGCAGUUCCUUAAUUCAGCCCGAAUUAAUUUAUUUUUUUAAACUUUUUUUUUUUUUAUUGCCAAGGGUUUUUCACCAUUUGCCCACUGACAGCACAAGAUUUUAGUACUUAAAAUAAGCUUUCACUUGCAAAUAAGCAAUUCGGUUCUGAAUUUUAUGAAAAAAACUGUGCUUUGUGUGUCUUCGUAUAGUUUUGUGCACUUUGUAUAGGUUUUGUGCACUUCGUUUAGUUUUGUGCACUUCGUUUAGUUUUGUGCACUUCGUAUAGGUUUUGUGCACUUCGUAUGGUUUUGUGCACUUCGUAUAGGUUUUUUGCACUUCGGAUAGGUUUUGUGCACUUCGGAUAGGUUUUGUGCACUUCGUAUGGUUUUGUGCACUUCGUUUAGGUUUUGUGCACUUCGUAUAGGUUUUGUGCACUUCGUAUGGUUUUGUGCACUUCGUAUAGGUUUUGUGCACUUUGUAUAGGUUUUGUGCACUUUGUAUAGGUUUUGUUCACUUCGUUUAGUUUUGUGCACUUCGUUUAGUUUUGUGCACUUCGUUUAGUUUUGUGCACUUCGUAUAGGUUUUGUGCACUUCGUAUAGGUUUUGUGCACUUCGUAUGGUUUUGUGCACUUCGUAUAGGUUUUUUGCACUUCGGAUAGGUUUUGUGCACUUUGUAUAGGUUUUGUGCACUUUGUAUAGGUUUUCUACACUUCGUAUAGGUUUUGUGCACUUCGUAUAGUUUUGUACACUUCGUAUAGUUUUGUACACUUCGUAUAGGUUUUGUGCACUUCGUAUAGGUUUUGUGCACUUUGUAUAGGUUUUGGAUGCAAUAGCACUAAAAUUUUAAUCAGGACACUGAAUGCAUCUGGGUAUUUGCAGCAGAUUUCCAUGACCAGACGGAACUCCAGUCGUAUCUGGCGUUAGUAAAUAUGAGAAUUGCCAUUGCGGUCAGAGUUUGGCCAUUUGACUGUGGACAAAAUCCUGUGUUUGGUGAAUAACUCUAUAUGAGAGGUCCUGUACAUGUUUGCCAGAUCUUUUAUAGGCACUGUGAACCGUUUCGUAGUUCUGGAAGCCUAGCUCCCUCUUUGAUUUCACAGUGGGAAUGGUGAAAGGUUGUGCACUCAUAGCUGAAGUUCGUUUCAUAAAUAUAUGUAACUAUAAUAAGUUAAGACAUGGACAAGAAAGCUCUAUUCUCUGCCCCUAUCUAAUAGCUAUAGACUGUUAUGGUGUUUGAUUCCAGCAUUAAACAUCGAAGAUAACUCUCAACAACAACAGCGACUACUUACACACAGUCCUGUCAUUGAGUUACUUUGUUUACAGAUUACGGUGAUCUUUAACCACGCAGCUGUCAACAGGGUUGUCACCUGGUGUCACUGGAGUUGAGCAUUUGUAGAGGUGACUUUCUUUCUCACUCCUCGUCUCUGCAAUAUGAGGGAAAUCAGGUUUCAGGUUGGUUCAUUACAAACUGUGCCCAGAGCACAGUGUGUUCAGUCUCCCUUUGUCAGAGAUUAUUCUUUGUAGCACCGAUCUGCGGAUUCCCUUCAAUGCAGGAAAAGAAAAAGGCCAGUGCUGGUGGGAUGUAGCGGUAUGGUCUACCAUACUGACAAUUGCUGGGCUAGACUGUUUGUUAAAAUGACGCUAUAGGUGACGCACAGGUAGAUAGUGGCUGGCUGGGCUACAGAUUUUUAGCAGCAGAUUGGUAGAAGGGAGCACUGCAUUGGAUAUCUAAUCUCCUACUAAAGGGCCUGCUACAUACUUAUAGCAAUUUUAUGUAGGAUCCUUUGACUUCAUAUUGAGCUUGGUAGGCAUACAACUAACCGCAGAGGUUCUUAGCAUAAUCAGCAAAGGAUGUAUGCUGAGUGCCAUUGUGUUAACCAAGGGAUACAAUGGGGGAAACUCAUCAAAGGGUCAAAAUGUUGGAAUUUUACAUCUUUGCUAUUUUGUGUUUUUUAACACAAUUUAUUAAAUCUUUGGGGAAAUGUAUGUUGCUUCUUUUGCACCUUAAAGAAACACUAUAGGGUCAGGAACACAAAUAUUGAAGCCUCCGUGCUCCCCUUCCCCUGCCCUCUAAAAAUAGUAACAUUUUACCUUUAUUUACCCAGUCUGCUGCUGGCUUUCCCCCUAAUCUGCCUCCUUGGCUGACAUCAUCAGAAGUGAUAAUCUUAGCCAAUCACAAUGCUUUCCCACAGGAAAGCACUGGUUUGGCUGAGAUUGUCAAUCCUGAUGAUCUCCGCUAAGGAGGCAGGCUUGGGGUGGAGCCAAACGCCACCGUGGCCAAUCAGCAUCUCCUCAUAGAGAUACAUUGAAUCAAUACAUCUCUAUGAGGAAAGUUCUGCAUCUCCAUAAAGAGUGUGGAAACGCUGAACAUCUGAGGAGUGGCCACUGGAGGUGUCUUUAGGUUGUAAUGUAAACACUGUCUUUACUCUGAAAAGACCGUGUUUAUAACAAAAAGGCUGCAGGGACUGGCUUUACUCACCAGAACAACUACAUUAAGCUGCAGUUCUUCUGGUGACUAUAGUGUCCCUUUAACUGUAAUUUUUGAGUGUACACCAGUUUUUCGAUAACGCUAAGGAUAUGUCAAUCAUGAAGAAGGGUAAGAACUAUGCUGAGUAUGGAACCUGGCACACCCAGCCGAAUAAAAUACUGGGUUGUAAACUCCCAUUUUCCAUGCUCAUAUCCUCAAAAACAUGCUAAAGUGAUUUAUUAUUAUUAUUAUUAUUAUUAUUAUGGUAAUUAUAGAGCGCCGUCAAAUUCCACAGCUCUUUACAAUGGGUGGACGAACAGACAUGUAGUUGUAACCAGACAAGUUGGACACACAGGAACAGAGAGGUUGAGGGCCCUGCUCAAUGAGCUUACAUGCUAGAGGGAGUGGGGUAAAAUGACACAAAAAGGUAAGGAUAGUAUUAGAUAGUAUUAGUAUUUAUUUUGGGAUUUGUUUGGAGAGCUGUACAAAAUAAACAAAAACAAAAUGAAAAGAAAAAUACAAAUAGUGUGGUUCAAGUUCCAGCCAGUGAGAGAGUAAUAAAUACACAGAAGGAAAACACUGUGAUCGCACUGCAGCAGAGUAAACGCCAUUAAAUUAAUAUGUACAACCAGGGCCGGCGCUACCAUAAGGCGGCACAAGCGGCCGCCUUAGGGUGCACGGACCCAAGGGGCGCAAAAAUGUCCGAGUGACUGGCGGGAGCACGGAGAACUCCGCUCCCGCCGGUCAAUUUCUGCAGCAAUCUAAUCACCUGGCUGAGAAACGUGCACCCACUGAGGGAAGGGGGCGGAACAGCGAGGAGCGACCGCGGCAACUCUCUUUCUGAGCUACAGGCCGCUGGGAUACGUGACAUCAUAUCCCGGCGGCCAACUGCUGUGUAGGAAAGCUACAACAGUGCAGCGGGACCUCUGUUUUGCAACUAUAAGAAACAGUAAGUGUGUGUGUUAGAGCCAGUGUGUGUGUGUGUGUGUGUAAGAGUUAGUGUGUGUGUAAGAGUUAGUGUGUGUGUGUUAGAGCCAGUGUGUGUAUGUAAGAGUUAGUGUGUGUGUGUAUGUAAGAGUUAGUGUGUGUGUGUGUGUGUGUUAGAGCCAGUGUGUGUAUGUAAGAGUUAGUGUGUGUGUAUGUAAGAGUUAGUGUGUGUGUGUGUUAGAGUUAGUGUGUGUGUGUGUGUUAGAGCCAGUGUGUGUAUGUAAGAGUUAGUGUGUGUGUGUGUUAGAGUUAGUGUGUGUGCGUGUUAGAGCCAGUGUGUGUGCGUGUUAGAGCCAGUGUGUGUGUGUGUGUGUGUAAGAGUUUGUGUGUGUGUUAAUGUGUGUGUGUUACAGCCAGUGUGUGUAUGUAAGAGUUAGUGUGUGUGCGUGUUAGAGCCAGUGUGUGUGUGUUAGAGCCAGUGUGUGUGUGUGUAAGAGUUUGUGUGUGUGUAAGAGUUUGUGUGUGUGUAAGAGUUAGUGUGUGUGUGUUAAUGUGUGUGUGUGUGUUAGAGCCAGUGUGUGUAUGUAAGAGCUAGUGUGUGUGUGUGCGUGUUAUAGCCAGUGUGUGUGUGUGUGUGUAAGAGUUAGUGUGUGUCUAUAAACUGUGUGUGUGUAAGAGACUGUGUGAGUGUAAAGCAGUGUGUGUGUGAGUGAGAGACUGUGUGUGUGUUACAGCUAAUGAGAGUGUAUAAGCAGUGUGUGUAAGAGACUGUUUGUGUGUGUCUGUUAGAGCUGGUGAGUGUGUAUAAGCUGUCCAAGUGUGUAAGAGACUGUGUGCGUUAGAGCCAGUGUGUGUGUAUUAGCAGUGUGUGUGUGUGUAAUGGUCAGUGUGUGUGUGUUAUGGUCAGUGUGUGACGCAAGGGGGUAAAGAAAAGUAGGAUGAAGACACAAAACACGUAAAAAAUAAUGCCGGACAGGAUACAAUAUACAAAAAAGGAAAACAAGAGAAAAAGGUGGUAAGAUGCAAAGGGGCAAAAUAAUUGGUAAGAGGGGCAAAAGUGGGAAUAUUAGACAGACAGGUGAAGAUACAUUUUGGGGGCAGCAAAAUGUGUCUUCGCCUGUGUAGACAGAAGUCCUUGCACCGGACCUGUGUACAACACAACCAAAAACAAGAUUAAAAAAUUACAGUGUUUCAGACCUAGAGAUUGCCCAAUCUCGGUCUUAAUAACCAGUGUAUGAAUGAUCAAUACGUGAAGAACAAAGAGGGGGAAAAUAGGAGAGAAAACAUAGAACAAGUAGAAAGAAGAGAAAAGAGGCAAGGUGAGUGGAUAGGAAAGAAGAGGGAAAAAAUUGGAUCACACAGGACACCCAAUCAGAAGACUUAAGACCAAUCAGCACAUAGCCCUGAGUCAAUUGGGAAAACCAGCUAGUACCCCAGGGAAAACCAGCUAGUACCCCAGAGAAAACCAGCUAGUACUACAGGGAAAACCAGCAGCUAGUACCCCAGGGAAAACCAGUUGGUUCCCCCAGGGAAAACCAGCUAGUACUACAGGGAAAACCAGCUAGUGCCCCAGGGAAAACCAGCAGCUAGUACUACAGGAAAAACCAGCUAGUACCCCAGGGAAAAACAGCUAGUACUACAGGGAAAACCAGUUGGUUCCCCUAGGGGGAAAAAGAUAGUACUACAGGGAAAACCAGCUAGUACUACAGGGAAAACCAGCAGCUAGUACCCCAGGGAAAACCAGCUAGUACUACAGGGAAAACCAGCAGCUAGUACCCCAGGGAAAACCAGCUAGUACUACAGGGAAAACCAGCAGCUAGUACUACAGGGAAAACCAGUUGGUUCCCCUAGGGGAAAAAAGAUAGUACUACAGGGAAAACCAGCUAGUACUACAGGGAAAACCAGCAUCUACUACCCCAGGGAAAACCAGCUAGUACCCCAGAGAAAACCAGCUAGUACCCCAGGGAAAACCAGCUAGUACUACAGGGAAAACCAGUUGGUUCCCCUAAGGAAAACCAGCUAGUACUACAGGGAAAACCAGCUAGUGCCCCAGGGAAAACCAGCAGCUAGUACCCCGGGGAAAACCAGCAGCUAGUACUACAGGGAAAACUAGCAUCUAGUACUACAGGGAAAACCAGCUAGUACCCCAGGGAAAACCAGCUAGUACCCCAGGGAAAACCAGCUAGUACUACAGGGAUUCUAUAAGGAUGGACCAAUGUAACCAGGUAGACAUUUACCUCUGGUGGUUGCUGGAAACCAUAACUGCUCAAUGGAGUAUAUCUCUUCAACCCUUGCAAUCCAUUCCCUGAUCAAGAGGACGGAUCCCUCCCUCCACUGCUAUAGAACAGCGAGCUGCAUCAUCUCUAUGAUGUUUCAAAAUUGAUCUUUUAAAUUUGCCUAUGGAGUCAGGGUCUUGUGUAUUUUCUGCCAUAAGGGCCGAAUUAGCUCACAGUUCCACCGUAUGUGAAUGUUGGUGCCCAUCUCUCCGCCACAUCCCCAACAUUCAGGGCUGACAGCAGGAGAAUUCAAAGUGAGUUUCAAAUGUUAAGGCCCGAGUAGUUGAACUAGAAGUAUAGCUGGCUAUUUUGACCUUAAAUUUAAAAGAAAGUAUUGAAUCACUCCAUAAGAGUAAAGGAAAUUAUUACCAAUCUUAUUUGAAGUUACUGUGGCUAAGCACUCAUCCAGAGCAGCAAUGUUACAGCAUAAGCCAACUACCCACUCGAAAGUCUAUGAUGGACUCGUCAUUUUAGUUUUUAAUAAAUAGAGUGGAAUAAAUGGUGGCUAAAACCAAAGUCAGUAUUAUUCACAGCUAGCAGAAUGAAUCUCUUUAGAACUUGUUUAUUAAGUUCUUCAAUGAAUACAUGGGGGCGGGCUGUUCUGAGAAAUUUUAGGUGACUCACUAAUAAUUUUUGCAACUAAAAUGUAAUUUAGAACAAGAACAAUGUACCUUAUUAACAGACAUUUCUAAACUCAUUUGGUGCAGUUUAAAGACAUGUUAUUAUGAGUAUUCUUGCUGCGAAGCUCACAGUGGCACAGAGGAAUUUGGCCUUUAAAUAGGGACUGUCCCUCUUAAAUAGGGAUAUUUGGGAGGUAUUUAAACUGAUUUGCUACAUACAGAUAGAGCUCAAGCAGUGUGCAAUACUGACUUUGCAUUUAGCUAUUAUUUGGUGCUCCACUCAUUACUAUUUAUUGUUUAUUAUUCAAAUUUGUAUUUUGUCUUCCAAUUUAUUUGCGAUUUAGGAGGACACGUACAUGUGUUGAAACAGAUACACUCAUUACAUGUUUAGUUGAUAGACAGAAUUUAAAUUGUAUUCAGCAUUUGUUUCACAAUCUUGUUGUUGAUAUUUAAAAGACGAGAAUAAUUUCACACAUUGUUGUGGAUAAAUUAGUCUAAAUCAGUAAAUGGAUUUUUUGAGACUCUAACCCAAGGGUAUGCAACCUUCGGCCAGAUGUUGUCGACUACAUCUCCUAUAAUGCUCCUACUGCCAUAAUGCUGGCAAAGCCUCAGAGGAGAUAUAGUCCACAUCAUCUGGGGUGCCAACAGUUGCCUACCCCUGUGUUCCGUCCUGCAGGCCUUUUCUGACCCCUAAAUGCUUCAAUGGGAUCCAUGGCCACUUAUCCCCCAAAUUCUGAAAGCAACAUCCAUUGAUAGCUUGGCCACAUAUAUUGUGCGUGUAAAUGUGUAUUUAAUUUUGUAGCUUUAUGUGUGUGUGUUGAAGUGUGUUUUCUGUGUGUAGCUGUGUAGUAGGGUUUUGCAUGUUGCAGUGAACAUCUGGCAGUCUGAAUCUGUAGCUCCCACUGGGAACAGCGGAAUACGUUGGUGUAAACGAUUAGUGUGGGAUACAGAUGUACCCAGCAUCAUUCCAUCAUUGAGUAUAGCAGGGUGCAAUAAUGCAUGACUUUAUAAACUGCAAUAUAACUAUGCACACAAGCAGUAAUAUUAUAUUUUCAGCAAAAUGAACAAAAUCAUUCACAACUCAACAUUUUCACGUUGAAAAUAAACCAUAUUAUUACCCACUGCUUUGUGUGUACAUGGGUACAUUGCGGCAACUAAUGCAAAACUGACAUUUUCUGAUUACAUGUAACAUCAUUUUUAGCCCAAUUCUUGAAUUUGCCGGAGCCGGACUGAUACUAAGUCUUACACAGGUUAACAGGUAUGAAUUAGAGAAUGUGAGAAAACCGUGUAACGUACAUGUAGUAUGAAUUUCACUUCUCCUGUGGUUCCUUUACCCUCGGUUUCAUAGUACCUGAUAAUAAUAAUGUGAAUCUACUAGAAUUCCUCUUUUUUCCCCCUCCGACUGUGAUAAAAUCAGCGGCAGAGGGAAGAGAUGUCUGGAAUUUAGUUGUUUCCAGAGGUAGCACAGGUAGAGUGAAACCGUAACAAAGACCCCAUUGUGCCCCUACGUUCAGCCUCUCUACCAUUUCAGGCGGUAAACAGAGCUGUGGGACUUUAUACUUAAAUAGGGACAAUAUCUCUUAACUAGCACAAAAUGCCUUUAAAGUACGUUCUUCAGAAAUGUAUACAAAUCACUGUAAUUAUAUAUCAUUCUGUAUAGUAUUCGAAUUUAUUAAUUACAGACAUAACUAAUGGGUAACCCACUGCCUUUGGCUUAUUGAUCCCAAUACUUUCCUAUUCUUUCUUUACUCUGCACAGUGAAGAGUUAGAAGUAAGUUACUAUGUCACAGGUUAUCUCACGUAGACCAUUAAAAUUCCUAUUGUGUACUAAUGUUUAAAAAACAAGCUGGGUGCGUUUUCUGGUAUAUUUUAGUGCAAUCUGUACAAUUCUCAAACUGCACAUAAAUCAGCAGGUAUGUGUAAAGAUUAAAGUAUUCAUAAAGCUUUUAAAGCAAUCUAAAAUGACCAUUCACCUAGGGCCCAGGGAUAGACAGGGGCCACAAAACCAUGAAUUAGUUUGGUCCUAUUAACCAUACUAUAUGUGAAGAAUGAAGGUGGGAGCAAGCUGGUAACCUCCCCAGGGCCCUGUGGGAUCUCAAUCCUUCUUUGGUUUAAUCUGCUUAAUUUUUGCUCUGUCCUGUACGUCAAUUGACUGCCAACUUUCAAAAUGGCCACUUCGGUUGUGGAAUGUUAGGGUGCGCGUGACAAUAAAUGCCAUGUGUUAUUCGAGGACACAUGGUAUACACUAAUCUAGUCCAUAUAUACAAGUUUCCAUUCACUUGCUAUAAUAGUUAUUUACUAAACUGUGAAUUGUAGGAAACCGAAAAGAAGAAUUUAACAGUUUUAACCAAAAUCGAAAAAUGUAAAAAGUCUGAAACCGGGCUAUUUCCCCAGCUUGAGUACAGUAUAAAUGAAAAUCCAGCGCACUCUCUUAUCUACUAAACAGCUACUUUGGUGCUGACAGAUUUUGCUAGUUUUAUUAAAAAGUGCGCUGGAUUUUCAUUUUUACUGUAUUUAUUGGCCCCCAGCAGCACCCCACUUAAGCAUUUUUAGGAGUCUAGCCAGCUCCUUGGUUUUGCACCACUCCCUGUCACAGGUGCCUCAUCUCAGGACCCUAUUUAGCCUUGUACUGCAGAGAGCUCCAGAUGGAAGGAUUUCCCCAAGUGAGUAGCUCAUUUAGUAGACAGUUGGUUAUUAGAGUAGGACCUACUAAAGAUGGGGUACAUUGACGUUGUGGCAGGCUUAUGCAAUGUAUGAUCAUAUAAUGUAACUAAACCCCCAUUGUUUUUUGCCUAGAUUAGGUGUUUUUAAUAAAACUAGCAAAAUCUGUCAGCACCAAAGUAGCUGUUUAGUAGAUAAAGGAGUGCGCUUGAUUUUCAUUUUUACUAUUUUCCUAGCUUGGCAACUUUAACCUACAAUAUUAAAUUCACUAGUCCAUUACGAAUAAUUCCCACUUGUUUGAAAUAUACCGUAUAAUAUCCCUCUCCUUAUCAACAUCCUUGGUUUUUACCUCUGUAUACUCAAAAUGAUUGGAAAUGUCUCGCUAUUGUUGAAGGGCAUAGCCUAUUAUUGCUACCAAUGUAAUUUACCCAGAAUCUUAGCAAUUUUUGAAUAUUAAACAUAUACAUAAAUGCAUGACUACUGCAUACAUUUUAUUUUGAAUAUAAUUUCUGAUCUUAAAAUUCUUAAAACCAAAGUAUUUAUUAAUAAUAAGCUGAAUUUGGAUCGGUCUGGGUAAUUGCUACACUUUUUACGUGAGGAAAAAAAAUCAUUCCAAAACAAUGGACUUAUUUAAUGGAAGUAUUUUAUCAAAAAUUUGUAGAUUUUUUUUUUGUAAAAUAUAUUAAUGUUAUCAUUAUUGUUAUUAACAUUUGUGUAGUGCAAAAAUUUUUCACUAUAUAUAUAUUAUAGAAUGGUGUUCACAAUUGUAAUUGACAGACAAAAAUAAUACCGACAGUUGAUUAUUUAUAUUUAUGUUUCGCAAUUAUGAUUUUUAUUUAUUUUAACUUUUUUAUAACCUCUUGAUGUGUUCAAAGCAAAUACAAACAUGUCUGCAAAAUAGAAGAACCUAUAUUUGUAUAUUUCCUUAACUGUAUCUUUGCAGUACAUCGUUAAAAUGUAUUUCCUUGACUUUGUCCCGAAUAAAUAAAUUAAAACACGUUUUUUUGUUAGAAAAACCCUUUAACUCUGCUGUGUAAUUUAUUUAUAUAAUUAAAUUUUUUGCUGUUUUGGUUUAAAAUACACAAUUCCCGAGAUAAUUGUGUAUGUUUUUGUGGAAAGGCAAAUACAUUUAACAUCAGUGAAUGGAUUUUCUCUGCAGAUCUACUGCUACCAUGGAAGGUCACAGCGUGUUGGACACAGACCCUGUGCUGGGCACAGACAAGGUGAAGUUUACAGAGACAGCAUGUUGCCGGUGGACAGUGGUUUCUCUAAUGCUUGGAAGCAUUACUAUCAGCAUCACAACUGGAUUAUUAAUAAGUAAGCCUUCCAGUCAACCACUUUAGUUCUUUUUCUGUUUAUCAUCGACCCGUACAAUCUUACUUGGCAACCUCGACUGGUACUGGGUGUCAGUGUAGUAGCCCUGUAGCUGUACAAAAUCAGUGUCUAGAGCAGGGCUGCCCAAAAAGUAGGUCCCCAGAUGUUUUAGAACUACAACCCCAUGAUGCUUUGCAUACCAUUAGAAUGGAAUUCGUACAGCCACAUUCUCUGAUAGAACCAUCACUUACACUUUGGUUAAUAUUGUACUGGCAUUUAAAACCGUGCUAAAUGCAGCUUUUAAGAGGCUAAUAAGUGGUGGAAUUAACCUAUUGCUGCUAGUAAAAUAGCUCCAUAAUAAAUAUGUCCCCUCCACUGAUAUGGAUCAGCAUGUAGCAUUAACAGUUUUGCAAAUUGGAUUUAUAUCAAGAAAAGUGGCAUUUUAUUAUUCUGUUGCAUCAACUUCACCAAGACCAGGUUUGGGCAGUUGUGCACAAUUUUGGGUAAAAGCAAUAUUUUGUUACGUAUUGUAAAACUAUUUGCCACACCUACACAACAUUAAAAUAGCUAUUUAAAGGGACAUUCUAUCCACCAUGACCAUUACAGCAUGCUCUAGUGUUUAUGGUUCCAGGAGUCCCCGGGUAUUACAAUUCUAACAAAUUAUUAAAGGACCACUAUAGUGCCAGGAAAACAUACUCGUUUUCCUGGCACUAUAGUGCCCUGGGACCCCCUCCCGCCCGGCUCUGGAAAGGGGAAAAGGGGUUAAACUUACCUUUUUCCAUCGCUGGGCGGGGAGCUCUCCUCCUCCGAUCCUCCCUGUCGGCUGAAUGCGCACGCGCGGCAAGAGCUGCGUGCGCAUUCAGCCAGUCACAUAGGAAAGCAUUCAUAAUGCUUUCCUAUGGACGCUUGCAUGCUCUCACUGUGAAAAUCACAGUGAGAAGCACGCAGGCGCCUCUAGUGGCUGUCAAUGAGACAGCCACUAGAGGAUUAGGGGGAAGGCUUAAGCCAUUGAUAAACAUAGCAGUUUCUCUGAAACUGCUAUGUUUAUUGAGAAAUGGGUUAACCCUAGAAGGACCUGGCAUCCAGACCACUUCAUUAAGCUGAAGUGGUCUGGGUGCCUAGAGUGGUCCUUUAACAAACUUGCAGUUGGAUCUAUGUGUUUCUUUCAUUCUGUCUUAGUUUGAUAAAGCGGUACUCAUAUAUCUGAUAUGCAUACUAGAUUUUAACAGUAUUAUAAUUACUACUGGCAUUUGUAAAGCGCCAAUAUUGUACGCGGCUCUGUACAAUUGGAGUAAAAAAAACAGUACAAUUUAUACAGGCCAACACAAACGAUUACAAGGGCCCUGCCCUCGAGCUGAGAUCAAACCAUUGAAGCCCAUUUACACAAAGUGCUUGGUUAGACAGACGAUGAGCUUACAUUUGAAAGGUUAUAAUGGAGAUUUGAGACUAGAGGUAGCAGGGGGAGUUUGGAAGUGAUGGACAGAAAAAAAUAAAAGGAAAGGUGCAGUUAAUGGAAAAAUGUAAAGGGAAUGAGGAGGUUAUUGAGUAAUAACUCAAACAGCUGGAGAAGCAGUUAGAAAUUUAGGACGAACCUGGCUGGGCGAGAGGAUAGGUAAUGCAAAGGUUUCUGAGUAUUCCUGUUAACUGGGGUUGUGGACUGAGGCCUAAGGAACAGGGAUGGAGAUAAAAGGCAGUUAUAUGAAGGUAGCAGGGGCAAAGCAUGGAGAGAGGCAGGCAGUGGGUAGAAUAAACAUUUGUUGACUGAAAAGUUUACCAACCAGAUUCUAUCUGCCAAAAUAUUAAUAACUAUGUGUUCAUGAAAUAUCGGUGGAACACAUUCACUGAAAAUAGCAAUCAGCAACUUUGUGUACAGAAAAUCACAGUAACAAACUACAGGUAUAACUGUUAUCAUUGUUAUAGUAAGAAGUAAUAAGUACCAUGGGUGCCCAACACAACAAGGUAAGUGUCAAACUGUUCAUAAAUGGUUUGACAGAUUACCGAUCUCUUGAGGCUCUUGGCACCACAACCACUCAAGUGUGCUGUAGUGGUUAUAGUUCCCAGAGUGUCUCUUGAAACUCAUAACACGUGAUUUACAAACACCAUGAAAAAGGGUUCUGUCCUGAUAAUAUGAUCUCAUUUAACUGAAAUGCACUAUAAUCAAAAUCAUUUAGCUCUCAGAUAAGAUGAAACAACAAAGAAGCCUUUGUAGACCACAGAGGAGGCUUCAAAUGGACCCAUAGUUAUCAGUUUUUUUGUUUUUUUUCUCAUACCGCUCAUUAAUAGCUAAUUCAAGGCAUUGUUAUUGUCAUUUCAUUGUCUGCCUUCUAUGUUUCAGUGUAUUUAACAACUCAGAGCCUCACUGUGGUACAUACGUUGGAGGUACAAGGACUUAAUUUUGAUGCCAGUUUACAGAAUAGCACCUCUACGUACUACCGAUCAUUAACCACUACAUUGCAGAGACUGGUAAAUAAUUAUUUUCAUUUCACUUCACUUCCUGACUAAAAUUACUCAUGGUGGGAUCAGACACUGCACUAAAUUACCAUCCAGUGUGGGUACCAGAUUGAUAACUUUUGGCUAGUUGGUAUAUAACAACGGUUAUCAAAGCAGCCAGAAGCUAACCAUUUAUCUGCCGUUUUCUAAAACUCCGCCCAAAAUAAUUUGUUAAUUCUGUUUGGGUUUCAAUUACAUCACAGGUUGAUGGUUACGGACAGACAAGUGCAUCAAUGUUGCUAAUAAGUGACGGGUGUGUAAUUAACCCAUGUUCCAUGGUGGCAUUGCGAUGUGUGUUAGAUUUUUUUUUCCAGGCAUUGUGUAUGUGUGUAUUUAGCAUUUUGUUGACUUCAUUAUGUAAUAUUGCAUUUAAAAUGCUUAUUUGUCCUUGAAUUAGUCUAACUGAUUAAUAAGAUAUUCUUGGUUACCUUUGCCUGACAUGUCAUCAAGUUAUUUUUUUAUUUUUGUGUAUAGGGAUAUUUUUGGAAAAGUGUUUUCAAGUCCCUUGAGGUGUUGAAUUUACUAAAAGUACUAAUAAUUAAUCUUCAUCAGGAUUAUGAUUCAGGAUACCUAAGUGUUUACCGUAUACUAUAGUCCUAUGUUUACCAAACCGACAAUGGUAAAAGUGAGAAGAUGACUGUCAAGUCAACACUGUUAACGUCUCGUCUUCGGCUACUAACAUUACAGUAAAAAUAAAGGGUUUCUCCAACUACCACGACCUCCUCUGCUUUUUGAAGUGGUCAUGGUGGGUAGGAGUCUGGAUGAGAGCAGUGUUUCAGUUAUUUUUUUAUUGCACCCCCAGCACACGUGACGUGACUUAUGUAGCCCAGAACUCUGCUUCGGAUUGCCUAAUAUCAAUUCACUGCCGACAGACUUAGAAACACCUGCAAGGAUAACAUCGAUUUUUUUUCCUCCCUCCCACCCGAUGGGCGCUCUCUCCCGCCUCCCUCUACUACAUUAAUAAGUCGUUUUUUUAUGAUUUUUUUAUUUAUUUAUUUUUUUAAAGCCUCCCUCCCCCACCCUUCCCUCGCUCAGAUUGCGCACAUGUGCUAUUAACUAGCAAAACCGUCCAAUCACAGGCUUCUCUAUGAGGAGCCUGUGAUUGGACCGCACAAGUGCUGGGUGACGUCAGGAGGAGGAGUGGAUUAAGUCACAUUUUAAAAUCUUUUCACAGGGUUUGGAGGGCUGGGGACCUAAUAGUAAUGGCCCUAUAGGCAAUUGUAAAUGUAAAAAUAUAUUGUUAUAAAAAGGCUUGGAGAAACUCUUUAAAUCUGCGAUUGUAAUUCCCUAACCUUUUGAUUUCUGUAUUAUUUCACACUCAUGUCAAAGGGACAGAGAGUGUUUGUUUGUUUUCUACAUAUUUAUAUAUUGUAAAGGGGAAAUACACUGCUUGUUACUGUGCAAUAUAUUGUGUACUUUAUAAUUCAUGAUCAAAUACAAUUUUAUCAGUGCUUGUUUUUAUAUACUAUGAUACACAUUUUUAGUUGAUCAGAGCGGACUAGCUUUCUAUUUAGUCUAACAUGAUUUACGAUAGAUUAUCAGGAUAGGCUCGGUGAUUGAUUGGUGUCUUCCUAAUAGAAGCUUAUCAUAUAUUUCACAAUGUAGGCAAAAAUAGAUGAGCAUAAAAAAAAUGAAUCCUUUUUUAUUUUUAUUUUUAUUUUUUUUUAUAUAUAUAUUUCACAAAUUUGGCCAAAAAUAAUAAUUUCCUUAUCAAUUCUCUACUUAUCUGGUUAAUCAAUUCACCAAUUCUGACCCAUUGUUCAUUUCACAAAUGUAUUCAAAAGUUUGCACACAUUUAUAUUUAGCAUUUGAUUUAGCUUCUGUAGCUACCGAUCACACAGAGAGACUGAGAAUUAAAAGCAGCCCUGGAAAAAAAAUAUUUAGCAGCCCCAUAAUGCGUCGCGCCAGCAUAGUGUGCAGAUACAGAGUUAGAACAGAUAACUUAAAAUUAAAAAUUAUUACUCCAACGCAAAAAAGAGCACUCAUAGGCUUCAAAAUAAACAAAAGUGCAGAUUUAUUUUAAGCAGACGUGCCUUUGCAUGUAAUCAAUGUUUCAGUCCAACUACCUUGACAUAUUAAGGAAAGCUUGGUAAUGGGACUGAAAUGGUGAAUGUAUGUAGGGCACAACUGUAAAAAAUGUUUAUUUUGAAGUCUUGUGGGUGCGCUCUUCACUUUAAAUAUGUUAUUGUGCUGGAGUAUGCACCUAGCAACAAGACUGGGCCAAUAUCUGCUCAUUACAUAUGGUACAUAUAAAUGACAUUCCUCUGUGUAUUAUGCAUAUAUAAAUGUACAUUAAUAUAUGUGUAAACAUAAUAGGCAUAAUUCUAUACAUAUAUAUCUCUAUUUCUAAUACACACAUUAAUAUACAUGUCAUAUACCAGUGGCGGAUCCAGGGCCUGAUCCCAGGAGGGGCACUUGUAGAUUAUUUAAAGAAAUAUUCCAUGCACAAUUACCACUACUCCUCUGUGUAGUGGUUAUGGUGCCAGGAGUGCCGGGACCCCCUCCCAGAGUGAAUAGUCAAACUGUUUAAGAACAGUUUGACAACUUACCUGGGGUCUGCUGGGAUAUGCGGCUGUAGUAGGGUAUAGGAGCAGUGGUGCAAUGUGUGAGGGGUGCAGUGUGUGUGUGUGUGUGUGUGUGUGUGUGUGUGUGUAGUGUGUGAAUGUGUAGUGUAUGGGGGGGCAGUGUGUGAAUGUGUAAGGUGUGUGUGGGGGCAGUGUGAAUGUGUAUGGUGUGUGUUUGUGGGGGCAGUGUGUAUGGGGCUCGAGUUCACUCACUACUGCGACAACCAGGAAUGUGGUGGUGAGAGUGUACUCUAGCCAGUAGCUCCAGGGCUAGAGUUCACUCUCGUGAGAGCCGGAGCGUUGCUGUGGUAACCAUGGCAAUGCUCUGUGCUCGCGUGAGAAGGACCCAGAGGAGCUGCAGGCUGAGCUCCCGGGUCCUCUCUUCCUGCCUGUGGAACGGGGAGGGAGAUCGGCCGGCAGGGGAGAGCCUCAUGGGGGGGGAGUUGCCCCCGCCCCCCUGGAUCCACCAGUGAUAUAUACAGCUCCUAUGUGUUUCUCCUUUUAUCUCGGUCCCUCUGUGUGCCUUUUUGUCUCCCCCCAGUCCCUCUGUAUGUUUAUUUCUCCCCCUCACUGCUACUCUGUGUCAAUGUCUCCCCUCUUCUUCCCAGUCUCUCUCUUCCCCCUCUGCCUCUUUCUCCCCCUUCCCUUGUGUGUCUCUCUCCUUUCUCCCUCUGUCUUUCUCCCCCCUUUCCCUAUGUCUGUCCCUCCUCCACAUCUCUCUUCCCCUCUGCCUCUUUUUCCUUCCUCCACCAUCUCUCUAUCCCCCCUCUCUCUCCCCCCGUGUCUCACUCUUCCCCCUCUGUCGCUUUCUCCCUCCUUCCCCUGUGUCUAUUCCCCCUCUCUGUUUUAUUUUUCCCUCCCUUCCUCUGUGUGUGUUCCUAAUUUUUUCUCCCCCAUUUACCGAGAGAAGUCAGGGGGGCCGGCCACGUUCUACGCUGGAGCUGCCGGGCUAGGUGGCAGCUUCGCCGGUCCGGCGGCACUCUGUCACUGAUGCGGAGGACUGAAAGAGGAGGGAGGAGCAUGUAUGCUGUGCUGGGAAUUGUGGGAACCGCAAGAGAGCAUGGUAGAUAGACACGCUCCCUCCUCCUUCAGCCCUCAGCAUCAGUGACAGUAGUGCCGCCGGAAUGGCGAGGCUUCCACCUGGCCCGGCGGCUCCAGCAGGGAACGCGGCUGGCCCCCUCUGAGUGUGCCACCGGUGGCACCCAUAUGCGCAGUGCAGCCCCCAGAUGCUGCGGCCCACCAGGAAAUUUCCCGGUAUCCCGGUGGGCCAGUCCGGCCCUGCUCUAUAGUCACCAAAACAACUUUAGCUCAAUGAAGCAGUUUUAGUGUAUAGAUAAUGCCUUUAAAGUUUCACUGCUCCAUUCUCUGCCAUUUAGGAGUUAAAUGGCUCCUGCCAGGUCUAGCAUGCUAUUAACAGAGCAAGAGAUAAAAAAUUUUUGUAAAUUAAACAGAAUGUACAAUAAAGGAAGUGUGAAUUAGAUUAAUUUUUACAGGAAGUGUUUAGGAAGGCUGUGUAAGUCACAUGCAGGGAGGUGUGACUAGGGCUGUAUAAAUAAAGUGAUUUGACUCCCAAAUGGCAGAGAAUUGAGCAGUGAGACUUCAGGAGCAUGGUCAAUACACCAAAAAUGUCUUCAUUAAGCUAAAGUUGUUUUGGUGACUAUAGUGUCCUUCUUUAUUUCUGUGUAAUGCAAAAGUACUCCUAAUUCAGAUUUUCAGGAUCCAUUCAUUCCAUGCUGGAUUUAUAUGUUGUUGUUGUUGUAGAUUAUUUAAGGAAAUCUCAUGACAAUAGAUUAUCAGCACAAACUGAGACUGAGUUUUUUACAUACUAAAGGAUGACGGAUCGAAGAAUGUAGCUCCGUGUAUUAAUCUAUUCUUUAUUCUGUUUUAGUUGCAAUCCAGUUUUGAGGAUACAAUUCUCAAAGACAGUUAUGCAGGACUUACAAUUGUACAGUACAGGUGAGCAUACAACUAGAUUACGUAGGCUGGAUUACUUUUGAAGUGGUUCUGGAACACAUGGGGGUUUCAUAUUUUAAAAUAAAGUCCGCUGCAAUGGUUAUGACGCCCGGAGUACCCCAGCCCGAUUCCACGGUAAUGUGGCACGAGACUUCUAUCCUUCUGGGUGACUCACUUCCUGCUGCUGCAGAACUACAGAGGCUGAAAGAUGAACCAGUCGCCAUUCAUUGGCUAAGAGCUGACUGUUCUCAGCCAAUGAAUGGCACGCAUUGCAUCAAACCAGCAAUGAUGCUGCCGCUGGUGGAGGGGCGAAUCUCCAUAUCAUAGCGAAACGCUAGACAUGCAGACUCCAGAUACCAUCACCACUUCAAAUCUCUAAAGUGGUCACAGUGCUUGGAAAUGAAAAAAAAAAAACAUAUGUGACUUAAAAGCAUUGGCUGUUGCUAAUAGUUUUGUGAUCCGUUCCACAGCAGGGGGAACCGUAGUAUAAUUGCCCAUCUCAGGAUGACGUUUCUGGAUUCUGCCCGCCACAAGAGCCAUGAUCAGAUUGAAGACAUUCUCAGACAAGGCCUUACGUCAUUGUUAAAUGGACACCCCAUUCCGGUUUCCAGUUAUGGGAACAUCUCUUCUGCUGUGUUGGCUGGUAAGUUCACGUUACGACGGGACGCUCCUGGCUUCCUCUACAACAGGGGUGCCCAAAAGGUAGAUUCCCGGAUGUUGUUAAACUAGCUGUAGUUCUAAAACAUGUGGGGAUCUACCUUUUGGGCACCCCUGCUAUACAAGAAUAGAAUAAAAUGUACUAAAAUUAUGGAGCUGAUUAUUAGACUCCGUAUUAGUUCACUUCAGAAUGUAAUUCGGCAGACUUUUGUUCUAUAUGAUGAUGACCCCGAUCUUCUAAUUAAGUGAUAUUGACAGGGUUAUCCACUAAAAUGUGAAUUCCAAAUUUUAGUCAAGAGUAGCCGAAUUGGAAACCUAGCUAAUUUAGAGAAUUAUUCCAAUUUGUCUUUUUUGGCCUAAAAUGUAAAAUUUAUUUUGAAUGUGCAUUUUAAGGAAUAACCCUGUGAGUUUUUGUUUGUUUGUUUUUAACUUUUAUUUCUUACUAUAGAGUUUUUAUACUAUGGCUCAAUUAAUAAUGUAAUAGUAAUUGAUCAUUCAUAGUCUUCAAACAAAUAUUUAUUUGCCAUCGGUUGUAAGAAUUCACAAACUAUGUACAAAGUCAAGGUUAAUUAAAAAUAUCUAGAGAUUGUAUCCUUGAGCUAGUCGCUGAUCACUAAGAUAUUAGGAUAAAUUCGUUAUUUGUCAAACCUGAAGAUAAGGCUCUGCGUAACGUGAACGUAUUUCAUACAAUAGGGUUAAAAGAGGCAGUGCCAUUAAUAUGGUAACAGAGACCUUGAACGUCUGCCAACAUCACUCUGUAAUCUGAGCGAUGACAGAGAGGUCCAGACUCUUUUUAAGGACGCCAAGAACAAUUGAAGUAAAUGAAAAAUUAUUUUUUUUUUAAAAGUAGAGGUACUGGGGGAUUACAGAGAGAUGAUUAAGAAGCGGCCUGCUUUUAUAAAAUUUUUUUAAAAGAGGACAAUAACUCCCUUUCAAAGAAUGUGAGCAGGUUGUGAAUUAGUCAUCUGCAUAUUUGAGCAACAUUAACCCCUUAAGGACACCGCUGCAGGGGUUAAACGAGCGUUCAUUGUUUAACUCAAGAUUAACUCAAUAGUUAGGGUUUCAAUAAAUAUUCCUAGGAAAUCAUAGUUUAACUCACAAAUAUCCUUGAAAUCGUUUGUGCAUUAGUAAUGGUUAAAGAGGGGGCUCUGCUACACGUGUAUUGGCGCCUGCAAUCUGUAAAUGCCAAUUAUUUUGUAACAUUAGACUUCCUAGGGAAUGCUGAGGCCAUCUCUGACACUUUGCUAAAUUUCUGUUUUUAUUUCAUUUAUCCCAGAUAACCGAGGACUGUCCUUCUACUCCAUUGGCCUUAAAUCAGGUACGAAUCUGUUUUGAAUUUAAGGUACAUUUGAACUGAGGCAAAACUACUGUUAUUUUUUAAUCGCUGCUGCAAAUGGUGGUCUUUAUAAUCAUCUUACAUUUUGUGUAUGGCUGCAAACAAUUCCACUGUUGGACAGUGAUGGAAUGGGAGAUACAUUUGCUGCUAAUAUGGUGCAACCUACGGUGGAGAUUAUCAUUACCAUGUAAUACGUAGAGGUGAUAAGGUCUGUAGUUUGUGGGUUAGGAGGUGUACUGUUUUGGGUGGCGGCAGGGACCAAGGGACUGUUGAGGAGCAAGUAUAAAAAUAAUAUAUAUUUUAAUUAAGAAAAACAUUUAUUACUCCCUCUCUGUGGUUUACCUUGGGCUAGAGACGGGGGAACGAUGUACGUAGUGGUCCAGUGAGAAAAGUAACUUGUCUGCACCCCCCGGAGUUGCCGACAUCUACUUCCUGUCUGUGCCUUGGAAAGUAUCCGAGCGUCGCCAUGGUAACCCGCAGUAAUACUCUGAUAUGGGAGUCAGGGCAACAAAUUUGUUGUCUUUUGUUAAUUUUCUCCCUCCACUCCUCCUAUCUUGAAUACUCGACUAGUGCCAGCCCUGCAGAGGCCGGUCGGGGAGAUCCUUUGAUCUUCCCUGAUGGCCUUGGGCCAAGGCCAUCGUGGCCCACCAGGCUUUCACUCUGUUUGCACCUUGGCCGUUGUGGGCCUGGUUAGAGGUAAUAGGAGUAGGAUGUAGGGCUAGGGUUAGUUAGGUGUUGAAAAAUUAGGUUUAGUGAUUAAGUUUAGUGAGAAUGAGUUUUUUUAUGGCUAAUGAUCAUAUUUAAGGGUUUGGAAUUUUAGCAAUAUCGUUUAAAAUAUCAUUAAAGCACCAUCUGUUGGUUAUACAAUUUAGAUGGUGCCAAAAUGUCCAAGACCCUCUGGCUAAUCUAUACCUGUCAAAAAUAAAAUUUGCUUAAACAAAAUAAUAUUAUGUAUGCGUUAUCCCAGUGGUUAUCACUUUAAUUACCUGCUUUAUGCCUCUCUAGGAAGUUGCCCAUCUCAUGUCUUCUCCUGCAAAAAUACGCAGUGCAUCGUAAAACAAAACCCGGAGUGUGACAAUCUUCAGGACUGUAAAGAUGGCUCAGAUGAAACAAAGUGCAGUAAGUACAUCUAACCUUCCCAUCAGCUUAGCAAAACUGCCAAAAUAAUUCUUUUUCAUCCUGUGAGACUUAGCAUUGCUUCUUUGUAACUCAGGUACCAUUGCAACCAAUGUUUUUCCGCAAAACAGAUUUGCUGCCAUUGCACCGCAUCUAUUUAUUACAAGCCAAGUUGGGUUACCUGUAGUUAUCGUAUUAAAAUGACAUUUUAGCACACAUUAACUUGUGUACUUAAUUGGUCUGUGUGCAAACUAACACAACUCUUUAAAUUUCCUGCACACUGUGGAAACCACUCUAUUACUUCGUAAACAUACCACCACCACCAUCAUCUUAAAAGCUGACGCUCCACUUUUUUUGUAUUAUUAUAAUUUUUUUAUUACUGCUUCACGUGGCUUGCCAUGAAGCAAAUAGACAAAUUGCUAGACACCAGGCUCCAUUUCAUGGCAACCUGGCUAACUAGAGUUGUCAAGCCCUGAUUUAGAAGAGCAAAUAGCAAUCACUAUUCUUAUCAUGAGAUAUAGGUGCUCCACAAAUUAUAAUUUGUAGGGUUCUCUAACUAAUACAGAAUAUUGAGAUCAGGGAAAAUAUCCUAGUUACAACAGUGGCUUAGGACUGGGGACACUUUGCCCAUAUGGGUACAUACAGCCCCUAUAUUAGGUUAGACCCUGGGUGCCACUGGGCAAGAGAGUUGAUCUUCACAAGGCUCGCACAACAACGUUUCUUCAUAUGCACCUUUAUUCUGAACUUUGUUUUUGUUUUGUUUCUGCCCAUUUUAGACUGUGGUACCCGGCCUGCCAUGCAGAAAGCCAAUCGGAUAGUUGGUGGAUCAGAUGCUGCUAAGGGAGAGUUUCCAUGGCAGGUUAGCCUAAGGGAGAACAAUGAGCAUUUCUGUGGAGCCACCAUAAUUAGUGAGAAGUGGCUGGUGUCUGCCGCUCACUGCUUCAACGAGUAAGUUACAACCCCCUUUCAUAGCUCUCUAGGUUCAAAAACCACAUUGAGUUUCCUCACUACCUCUCUAUAUUGUCUUGCACCCAAAGGAUUUCUGUGUUAUACGAGAUGUAACAUCCAUACGCUUUAUACACAGACCUCUUUGCUAAUACACAACCUUUCAUCUGCAUGUGUUAUAUCAUCCAAAGCUUAUAAUGUAUGUUCUAUAACUUUCUGUUUCUUUACCAACUAAAAACCUUCUUGACUCCUUGUCAGUGAUAGUUAUAAAUGCCUUUGAACAUAGAUAAUAACAAUGUUUCUGAUCUCCUCAUUUUCAUCGUGUGCCCUGGCUGUGCCUUGGCUGAAGUUUAUUGUAAUGUCACUUGCUAAAUCUUUAAUAUAUAUAGAAAUAUAUAGAAAAAAAUUGUGUCCUAUGAAAACAUGUUAAAACAAGUUAAAGGUGAUUUUCACUGUUUUAUUCAAUAAUAUAAUUUUCACUGUUUUAUUCAAUAAUAUAAUGUCUAGAGAAGUAAUAGCCCCCCUUUAAAUUUCCCUUAGCUUCCAGGAUCCGGCUGUGUGGGUGGCCUACAUUGGGACUACUUUCUUGAGUGGUUCGGACAGUGGCACUGUCAAAACAUCUAUUAAAAGCAUCAUCAAGCACCCCUUGUAUGAUCCAGACACUGCUGACUACGAUGUGGCUGUACUGGAACUGGAUUCUCCUCUGAAGUUCAACAAGUUUACCCAGCCGGUCUGUCUCCCAGCUUCCACACAUAUCUUCACCGUGGGCAAGAAGUGCAUCAUCACUGGUUGGGGAUACCUCAAAGAGGACAACCGUAAGAUUAUUUAUUAAGACAAGAUGUGGAUUUGUCAGAGCACAAUUAAGAUGAGUCUUGGUUGCAAUCAUUAACUGAUAACUCUAUGACUCGUUAAAUCCCCUGGCUUAUCAAUAAUUACUCUUAGAGUUGGUCGUCUUUGUUUUGGUAUCUUUCUUUUUCUAUUCAUUUGUCCUUCUAAGUUAUUGAAUAUCAAUGUCACACUCCUACUGUGCACCAAAUCAGGGACUAUAUUUCUAAAUCAUUGACCAUCACUCUCCCCAAGCUAUCUUUAAAGGGUCAGUAAAAUAACCCUUAAUAAAUGCUUAUUUUAUUAUUUGUGGUACUUAAUUUUUCUGUGGAAUUAUUGGAAGGAAAGGUACAGAACUGUAUCAUAAUAGAAUAUAGCUCCUCAAACUGCUCACUCAAAAUGCUUUAGUGCACACUCCACCUAGAUAUAUAAAGGGACACUUUAAGGACCAAAACAACUUUAUUUUAAAGGGAUAUUUUAGGCAUCAAAACAACUUUAGCUUAAUGAAGCAGUUUUGAUGUGUAGAUCAUGCCCCCACAGUUUCACAGCUCAAUCAUCUGCCAUUUGGAACUUAAAUCACUUUUAUGCAGCCUUAGUGACACCACCCCUGAUGGUGACUCACACAGCCUCCAUGAAAAAAUGGUUUCAUUUUCAAGAUGUGACAACACAGCUUGUUUAUUUUAGAAGUACUUAUCUCCAACUCUGUUAAUUGAAUUGUAAUCAAACAUAGAAGGCUCAUCCAGGCUCUAGUAUGUUAUUAACAGAGCAGAAUAUAGGAACUUCUAAUUUACACAAACAGUGCAAUAAAGGAAAUGAUAAACACUAGAUCUCUCUUUACAGGAAGUGUUUAGGAAGGCUGUAUAAGUCGCAUGCAGGGGAGGUGUAGCUAGGGCUGCAUAAACAAAGUGAUUAAACUCCUAAAUGGCAGAUAACCGAGCAGUGACACUGAAGAGCCAUAAUCUAUACACCACAACUGCUUCAUUAAGUUAAAGUUGUUUUGGUGCUCAUAGCGUCCCUUUAAGUGGGCCAGCAGCUGAUGAAUAGGUUUUUUAAGCUUCCCAUAAGUUGAACAUGGAGCAAGCUGGAUUUUUUUGUCCUGUGUUGCUUACAAUGAUCCAUAAAUCUUUUCUUUGUCUCGUUUUAGUUGUGAAGCCUGAAGUUCUACAGAAAGCUACGGUUGCCCUCAUGGAUCAGACAUUAUGUAAUAGCUUAUACAGCCAUGUGGUGACUGACAGGAUGCUGUGUGCUGGAUAUCUGGAGGGAAGGAUUGAUUCCUGUCAGGUAAACUAAGAUUUACUUUAUUUAUUUACAAUAAAGCUUAGUUUUUUUUUUUGUUUUUUUUUUUACAGAAAACAGACACCAUUACAAAGUGCAUAUUUUAAACUAAAUACUGGAGACACACCUACUUAUUUUACGCAUUCUACAAAAAGAUAUUCUGUAUUUUGUGUGAAAUAGUUUGGCCUUGGUCAUACUGACCAGGGAGGUUUCCUUACUUUUAUUUAGAAAAUUCAGUAACUAAAGCUUCUGCAUUAUUGAAAAGACUUAAUUUUACAGCAUUAUUUACUAACAUGAGAAUUCAAAAUUAAUUUCAAAUUUAAGAUCUAAACAGCCUUAAUGGGAGAUUCUCUAAAUCUGAUAUCCUUUGAGGUUGGCUACUUUGUCCUUAAAUAUGAAAUUAACUUUGAAUUUUCACUUCAGUAAAUUACCCUCUUAAUCUGUUGACCAGUGUUUUACAAUAAUAUUUUAUACCGUGACGUAUGGUAACUCCUAUCAGUACCAUUCAUUGGCUAUAUUUAAUAAGCCUGGAGGACACAGUCGGUACAAGAAGAUAACUUUAAAGUUCUCUCUAUUACCUUUAAUUAAUGAGCAAUAUAGAUUGGUAUAAUACUAAUGUUAACAUAAUAUUGACAUAUUUUUCUUUAGGAUGUGUGCUUAUUGUAUAGAUUGGAAUGUUCUAAAUUAGUUUACUUUAGACCAUGCCCCUGCAGGCUCGCUGCUCAAUUCUCUGCCAUUUAGGAGUUAAAUCACUUUGUUUAUGCAGCCCUAGUCACACCUCCCUGCAUGUGACUUGCACAGCCUUACUAAACACUUCCUGUAAAGUGAGAUCUAAUGUUUACACUUCCUUUAUUGCAAAUGCUGUUUAAUGUAGAUUUUUAAAUUUUAUUUUUAUCUCUUGCCCUGCUAAUAGCUUGCUAAACUUUGCAGGAGCCUCCAAAGUGUGAUUACAGUGCAUAUGAUAAAAACUUCUAAAGCAAGUUAACAUCUGAUUGAUGCCAGAUAGUAUAAGAGGGAUAAAAAGCUAUAGGAAGGAGAGAAGGAUCUAUCGUUCCUGUGUCACUGUGUAAUUGUCUCAUGUGUUGUAAAUUCCCCGCCCUUUCGUAAUAUUGUAAAGCGCUGCGGAAUUAGUUGGCGCCAUAUAAAUAUUAAUAUUCAGAGUUGCAGUUUGUGCCCAUAACAAGAAGUCUAGUGUGCACAGGGUGCCAUGACUUGCAGCAUUAGGUGUGAAUAGGACUGUAAAAGAAGCCGGUUCUGCCCCGGAGUUUCGACCCUUCUGCGCUCUGUGUGCCGGGCUGUGAACGCUACAGAGAUGCUUGCACAGAAUUUUUAACAGUUAAUCCUAGAUAAGGAAUGCAGUGCAUUUAUAUUAUUUUCAGAAAGCAGAAAAUUACUUUUUUUAUUUUAUUAAAUUUUUUUUAUUCAUGCAAUGUUUGAUUUCUUUAACUGUAAACGGGCGAAAUGCAAACCUCUCCGUUUUUGUUUUUUUGUUUUGUAAUAUUCUUUCAAUUGUUUAAGUAAUUUGUGUCACCUCUCUGGAAUUUACUCCAAUUGAAGAAAACACUGAAAAUCACCUAUCAUUUCUGCUUUUUUGUUCCACUUUAUUAUGCUCAAUUUUCUUUUAAAUUUAUUGAACGAUUUAGCAAAUUACAUAAUCCAGCUCAGUGAAGACAAAGCCGGGGCAAACAUUGCAAAUGAGGAGGAGAGAUAGAAACAUUGUUUCAUUUCUCCUCGUCUCGAUAUGCUGUCAUGCGAAAAGUUUAGAACAAAUAGCAAUGCCCGACGGAGAGACAGAGGGCUCACUUGCAGGAUAUAGUGGUGUGUAUUUCAACAUUUCAUUUUUCAUUUCAUCCUUAAAUAUAAAUAUAGCAAUAAGUAAACAUAGUAUUAAAAAUAUAGGAAAGACAGUUUCCCUUUAAAACAAAUUCUGCCUCAGACAAUUUGUAAUGUUGAAAAGUUUACGAUGAGAUCCUUGAGAUGGUCUAUCCUGACUGGUGAGAUUGCCGCUGAUUCAAAUGCCUCAUCAGGGAUACGCCUAACCUUAAGUGGUAAUCUUCCCAGUUCACGUACCAAAUGGCUUUAUGGCUUUGCACCUACCUAUACCCCACAAGUCUAGUGGGCCCAGUAUGUCUAGGACCAUAGCUGUCAUUUUCUACACAGACACAAUUGUUAGGCCUUCCUAUGCCUGACUUACAUUUCAUCCAACAGCCACACAUGUUAGCUUAUUCUGUUUUUAUCAGUCAUGAUCUUUUAUAACAGCUAGCAUGCGACACGUGUCUUAUUAAUCAGCUAUUACACCAUGUAAAAUGUAAGAUCAUAGUAUAAAUACUAGCCUAUUUGUAUGUCUUGAUAUUUUUCUCCGUUGACAAGAUAUCCACAGUCUAACGCCUAGACGUGCAUGAUCAGCCUGAAUGUUACUAACCCCAAACUUAUGCAAUUGCAUCACUAAUGUUACAUAAAGCUACCCCAUCUUGUUUUACCUUACCUUACCAAAAAAUAGUGCAAAGUAUCUCCAUGCCAUGACUACGUACUUCUAUGUUUGAUUAUAUAUGUCUGUGGAGGCUCUUGCGGCAGCACAAACUUGCCUGUAACUACCUGCACUGCAAAAAAAUAUUUUUUUAAAUGCUCAUCUGUAGGUGAAGAUGCCUUGGAUUCACUUAAAGGACAACUGUCCCCUCAAAACUAUUUUUUUUUUAUAUAAUAAUCCUUUCACCAAAUGUUUGAAGGAAACUGAUCUAUUUUUUUUUUUAACUGGAGUACAUAUAAUUAAAAAAAAAAAAUUCCUUCAGCCAUAAACAUACAUCUUGAGUCAGACAGUGUUUGAAAACCAACAGUUAGUCUCUAUGAUCUUUACUGCUUCACUUCCAAUACAGUAGCAGGGAAGAUCAUAGAGACUAUCUCCAUUUCCUUGCCAAAACUUGAUGAAGGGAUUAUUAUAUUAAAAAUAAAUAUUGAGGUGACAGUCAUCUUUUGAUGUAGAGUUUAGGGCAGCCCCCUGUCCUAGAAUUGUGGGACAGGCCACAAACUAUAACUAUUUUGCCAAAUUCUGAACUGGUGGCAACUAUGAUUGUGUCUUUUUUCACCAGUCCCUGCUGGAUUUUUCAUUAAUAUUUUGCUGUUUGUUUUGUGUUUGCAGGGUGAUUCAGGAGGUCCACUGGUUUGUGAAGAGGCAUCCGGGAAGUUUUUCUUGGCUGGCAUUGUGAGUUGGGGCGUAGGAUGUGCUGAGGCCAGGAGACCCGGGGUCUAUGUCAGAGUGAGCAAAGUCAGAAACUGGAUUGUGGAAGUCAUUUCGGCGUCUCUGCCACAAGAUCAACAUACAAGCUCGGCCACCACCAUGAGCAGCGUGAAGAAGACCACGAACGCCAAAGUUACCACUGCUCGGCCAUUCACUAAACAAACAACCACUAAGGCCAAGCCAGCCACUAGUACCAUAUCAGUUAAGCCAACGCAAAAACCUCUCAGCACUGCCAAACCUCAAGGUAUAGCUAUUAAAAGGAGGUGAUUGCUGAAAUGCACAUAAUUAUCUAUUUGUACAGUGUCUGUGUGUGGCAGUAGUAGUAGAUGUUGUGUGUCUUAUACCCUGAAGCAGUGCUAGGCAGUGUGUGUUCAAAAUAAGUAAACGUUUAAGACUUUUAUAACUUAACUAACCUCAAAGGAAAAGAACUAUAAGCCAACACCACCACAAAAAAGUAUAUGGGUCUCCGGGAGACUCUAUACCAGAAGUGAUCACAGAUUGGAACCCUUUUAAAAAAUAUUUUAAUCUGUCUAUUUUAUAAAAAGACAGAUAAAUCCAAGUUGGUGCAAUUUAUUCCUUACGUGAAAUUACGGAAUAAAAGUUAGAAUAUGGUGGUCGCCUCUAGUUUUUGUUGAUCUCGUUACUAAAAAAAAUUGUAUUUCUAUUCAAAAGUAAUUUACCUUUCCAAUAGGCAAAAUUACUUAUGUAUAGUUAUCUGUCAGGUUAGCAAACAACCUGACGAAUAUCAAAUAUUUAAAUUUGUCAUAAAAAAAAAAAACAAACAAAAAAAAACAGACAACGUUACUAGAUUAUUUUAGUUUUAACUUCUUGCAUUCCUUUAUUUUAUUCAAUUAUUUUUAAUUGUGUCUUGCCUCUAAUAGAGGACAAUUUAACCCCUUAAGGACCAAUAAAUAAAAUGUCAUGUCCUUAAGGGGUUAAACUAUUUAAUGCUGCUCAUAUUAACCUAAACUGGAUGCCUAUCACUGCUUUUUCAAUUUGUCAAUAAAUCUGUAAAAACAUGUAUGUUUUAAUUUGUUUGAAUGUUUGCUUUAUAACAUUUAAAAUGGGAAACUUUAAUAAAAGUCAUGGUGCAAUAUUAAACAUUUUAGCACACGGUUACACAAGUGUCAUUGAGAUAACAGAAAGUGUUAUAUAGUAGAACACAGGUAAGUCUUAUGUGAGAUCUUAAUAUAAAACUAUAAGAAAAGAUACAUACAGGGGUCUUCUAAAUCAAUUCGAGGUGCAAGACUGAGCGUUUAAAUGAAGCAAUAAGGAAUCAUAGAGAAUAUUAUAUAAGGAGAAAUACUUUCAUUCCAUUGCUUCAGCAUUCGCUCCCCCCUUUGAUGUUUUCAUGCCUCGAUUCUGGUGGGACAGUUUUUAUUUACCGGUCCCGUCUCAACUUAGUUCAUUGGUGCCUUGCUCUUGUGGAAACCACGGAAAUGUAAUGAUUGAGUGCAUCAUAAGGGCAUUGUUUCAGAACUCCUUGCAGGGUCUGCCCUCAGUGGCCAGACUUUAAAAGAUAGACAGCCUGGCAUGUAUUGACAUUUCCGGAUGUGCCCACCCCUUUUGUGGUGGACCUAGUGAUGCAAUUGUCACGGGCCUGCCUCCUCUACGACUGAUGUCUCGUUUCCGUGGAUGCUGAAUUUGGGAGAUAUGCGUUUUUCUGUUUUGUAGUGUUACAAGAUUAUAUUGUAAUUUUCUUUCCUCAAUUUACUUUCCUCUUUCCACACAUAGCAGAGUCAACGCCCUUUGUUGGUUAACAGUUUAGGACUCCCUUCACUAUUCGUAUACUCCAUAUCUGACCCUUGGGCCAUAGUCUUCCAUCUUAGGUUGUCUUAUGGUUUUAAACAAAAAGGCCAAGCAAUCAAGGGCGUAUUCCUCACUUUUAUUCCUCACCACAUGGAGUUGUAAUGGAGGAAGGAAACACCCACCUAACCAGCCAGAUUAACCAAAUCAACCCUAGUGACCAAUGGGGUGAUAGAUGUUGCAGUUAGGUCGCUCUCACAGCCACCAUAUUAUUCCUAUUCUGGAUUUAACAGAUAUGCAGGGGAUGGUUAAAGUUUAGGAUAUUCUAUUUAUAAACCUUUGCCUGGCCCUUUGCCAGAACCUUAUCCUGGAUUUACUUUGGUAGUUAAUUGGUCUUCAUAGCUGAAGUAGAGGUAUGUCUAAUGUGCUCUUAGUGCAAAAAUAUGCUUUGUGUUAGCGAUCAAAGAGUUAAGAAUAAGAGAAGGUUUGGGUUGAAUGAAGAAGAUCGUAAGUGGUGAGAAGUAGAUUUGUAAGCCAAAUCUCAAUUGUAAGUAGGGGUAGUUGAGAAGGAGAGUUCUCCAUUUGAGGUGGAAAUGUUGACAGUAGAGUCCUAUUGGAAAAUUAUGUCUUGCUGAGUCUGAGAAGCCAGACUGACUGUUAACAGAAGAGGUCAUGAACAGAAUAUAUUUUUAAUGAUGUGGUGGACAUGCAGUAGACCACAAGAACACAGCAUAUGGGAUGUAAGAAGACUAUGAUUGGAAAUCAGGUUUUACUAAUUAGAGUCUCAGGGUUUUGGGAAAAAAAGAGACUCAGACAUUUACUUCUUUCAAACAUGCAAUAACCAUGCAACAUAAAAAAACCCAAACCAUAACAUGUCUCUGCCUUGAUGUUUUUUGACCGCUAGUGUACACCUGAAUGUCUAUCCAAUUUGAUCCUCUCUACAAGACACCUUUGAAUCUGGUGUAUGCUCUCGACACUCUUCUAAAUCUACUCUAACGAAAGAGACCAAUAUGUUCUUCUCUAUGAUACUGCUCUAUCCUGGCUCUCUUCUUUCUUCUUUCUGACACUUCCUUCUCCGUCCGGGAUAUCUAAUAACUUCUAUGGGAUCCCAGUACCAUUUUUAUGCAGAUAAUGGCCAUUUAUACAUCUCAUCCUCUCAACUAUCUCGGUACUUGCAAAUCUCAUCAGUCUCCCUACAGAUCAUUGGUGAUAUCUUAAACCCUGUUCUACCGAGUACCGACUCAUUAACUUGAAGACCUUUUUUUUUUUUAAAUUGAAACUUGCUUUGACAAGGAUUCCACUGUCCAUAUCCAUUUCAUUCUUUAAAUUCUACUGUACUAAUAUAACUAUAUAGUGGAUCUUUCAAUAAAAUAUAGACCCAAACGGCUUGUUCAUAUGCUGAUUGUGUCCCAUCAUGGCUAUUCCAACUCUGCAUUAGACUUAUGUAUGCUCAGAUUCCUCCACAUUCUUGUGCCAGACUUAUAUUUCUUAUCUCCUAUUUUUUUCACACAUCACAUGUGCAUCUAAAUUACGUUUUGAAACCACUUCUUAUUUAAAGCAAUUUGGAGAAUCAUAGAAAAAAUGGCAAGGAACAAUAUGAAAAAAAGGUUAUAUGGAGCCAAGAAUAAAUUUCUAUAGGUUUAACUAAGUUCUACAAACUUAGAAACUGUAUUAUAAGUAAUGUAAAGUAUACGCACAUCGCAUAUACAUACUGGAUAGAAAUUGAAGGGAGAGUAAAAGUGUAGCAUUAGGAAGAAUUCUAUUGAAAAUUAAAUUAUUCUUUUAGAUUAAUAUAUUUAAUCUAGCAAAAUAAUAGUACUGCCAUGUAAAAACAAGCUGAUUUUAUAAAGUACACACAAUUUCAUAGUAGUCCUAGUAGCAGAGCAAAAAUGGGUAUUGAUGGCCUAUGACUGAUGCCUUUUAGGACGUAGACAUUGUAUUUUUUUUUUUUUAUAUUAGGAAGGCAACUGCUACUCUUGGUGUAGCUGUUAAGAGAUUAGACGUUAGAAAAGGAUUCAUGCCAUUGCACCAAAAUAUAAGAAUGGAUUAAAAAAACAAAAACACAAAUAUUUGUCAUUAUCUUUGUUUAUAGCAACUUGUAGAAACAAAGUAUUAUGAUUUCAGAAUGUGGAGGUCGUCCUGGCCUCACAAAACCCAACAAAAUAGUGGGGGGACUGGAUGCUGCCCGAGGAGAAGUCCCAUGGCAAGCAAGCCUAAAAGAAGGCCCACGCCAUUUCUGUGGUGCUACAAUAAUUGGUGAUCGAUGGCUGGUUUCUGCUGCUCACUGCUUCAACCAGUGAGUACCCAUCCCAUCUCAUUUUGUAUAUUCAUGAUUCACUAACAGCUCCUUUAAAACACCUGAAUGUCUGUCAUCCUUUAGUUUCUUACCUGGAUAAUUCUGUUUUAUAAGGUUAAAUGGCAUUUUAGGGGAAAAGUUCCUCCUCAUUCCACUACCUCAUCUUAAUUCACAUUAUGAAUAAAGUGUUCAAGGAAUAAUAACUGGACAGGAGCAAGGAAUGUGCCUCUAUUAAUAAUAACGGACUAGAUAAUGUCCAGUUCCCUGCCAUUACCCCCUCCAAAUUAUGAACUAGUAGAUUCCCAAUCCUCUAGUCCAGAGUGGCCUGCUGUCUACAAGCAGCCUUGCAACCUAAUUAUUAAAUAAAUUGUCCUCCACUACCCCUUCCCAUCACGAGACGUGAAUAAAAUAAAAAAUAAAAAAAAUCGUUAUUGCCUUUCUCCCGUUUAUUAAACAUAGAAGGGUUUUCCUCAGGUUUUAAAAACCUGUAAAUAAACGCCACACUUAUGUGAAGUCCUUAAAUUUCUCGCCUUCUACUUAUCAAAUUAGGUUAACAAAAUUCCUGUAAAAGAACGAAAUAAUCCCAAAAGGCUGUCUGGAGGGACUUUGACUGAGGUAUUAGAGGGAAAAACCAGAGCAUUUAUAUGCUGGUCAUAAAUUUGGAUUUCACAUACUCCUCACAUGACCAGUUAGGCCUGAGGACUGGCCUUGAGUGUGUUGAUAACAGUUACGUCAAUCAAAUCUUGCAUCUCCCUUUUACAUUCUCAUUUUCUCUUGUGCUUUCUCUGGUAUAUUCUCACUUCAAUUUUUAUUGCAUUAUUGCAUUUAUGCAUGUUGUUUAAUGUAGAUGCUCUUAUUCUAACCUUUAAUUAAUAAUUAUUCUCAUCUGUGCGUUUAUUCUGUAAGCUAAUCAGUUUUGUCUAUUGCCCAUAGAAUGUUUCGGUAACAUUAAUUUUGCACACUAAUUGACAAAUGCUUGUGGUCUUUUGACACUUUGACCUCCAACUCUGUGCGUAAUAAUAUGUUCCAGUUCCUGGAGGCAGCUUCAUGUUUUUAAACGUUUUUUUAUUUUUUUUUACUUUUUAUGAGAUUAUAUGCUGUAAAUGUCCAAAAUGCUUGGAACAUACUUUUAAAUUUUCUUUUACAACAUUAAUAUGGUCCACAUUCCUCCCAAAAAAAAGGUUGCAUGCCACAAUUUUGGUUAAAGUUCUUAUGUUGAAGCAUUUUUUUUUUUCAAAGUAGGGCAUAUUAAUUUAAAAGGACAAUAUAUUAUGUAAUUUCCUUUAAUUUAUGUGCAUCUUCAGGACAAAGUUAGACCAUGUGACUGCACAUAUGGGGUCUACAGCACUAAACGGAGCUGACGCAGUGGCUGUGAAGAUCGGUUUAAAGAGGGUGGUCCAGCAUCCACAUUUUAAUCCUCUGACAUUAGAUUUUGAUGUUGCUGUGGUAGAACUUGUCAGUCCCCUAACCUUCAAUAAGUUUGUCCAGCCAGUGUGCCUCCCCUCUGCCCUUCAGAAGUUUCCUGCUGGAUGGAAGUGUAUGAUCUCUGGAUGGGGGAACAUAAAAGAAGGCAAUGGUAAGUGUACUAUAUUUAUAAGGUAAAUGUAGUAAGCUGCUCGUUCCUGUUGAGUUAUGUUUACUUUUUAUAUAAGCAGACACCAUUUUUCAUUGAUGUAUGUAAAUUAUAUUAGGCAUAGUAGAUUAAAGUUUUAUGAAAAUAAAUUCUGCUAACAUGGACCAAUAGUCAUCAGAAUGAUUAUGCUACAUAAUUGGUUGUGUUUUGGAUGGUGGGCCUUGCUUGUGCAAGUGUUAUCAAUGCACUUUGGAUCUUAUGCAUUGUACUUUGCAAGUGUGGAUAAAUAAAGAAUUUUAAAAAAACAUGGACUCUGAGCUUCCAAGGAUCAGACUAAUCCACUACAUCAAUUGUAAUUGUCCAUUCUGUUUCCUUAUUUUGUCCCUUUAUGAUCUCUCAACUGAGAGAAGAUGACUUUGAUUCUGUUGUGUAUAGUUUCCAAGCCUGAAGUCCUACAGAAGGCUUCUGUCGGUAUCAUUGACCAGAAAAUCUGCAGCAUACUUUACAACUUCUCCAUCACCGAUCGGAUGAUUUGUGCAGGAUUUCUUGAUGGAAAAGUGGAUUCUUGUCAGGUAAGACCUCAGGUACAAAUAAAAGAAAUAAUGGAGAGAUUAAUGUGUUGUCUAGUAGUGUUUGUAUAUUCAGAUUGUGUAUGAAAACGACAGUUUUUACUAUAGAUGACAGUAAGUAGAAUGAUGGGGAAUAAACAAGAAUGUUGUACUUACCAGUAAACGAAAUAACAAAUAAUGUGUUUUAUACAUUUCCUACACUCAGUACUGUUUAUGGAUAUAUUAAAAAGGGAGACUCCGGGGGACCUUUGGCUUGUGAAGAAAGUCCAGGAAUCUUUUUCUUGGCUGGUAUAGUGAGCUGGGGAGUUGGAUGUGCCCAAGCAAAGAAACCUGGUGUUUAUAGUCGGGUCACCAAACUGAAAGACUGGAUAUUGGACACUGUAGCUCCUGUCUUGAGAACGACUGACAGUGGCAUGAACCUUCCCAGAUCUUCUGUACCACCAAGGACCACCAGCACAGCCAGGCCAUCUACCCUAAAACCACCAACUUCCAUUGGCCAAAGAACCACCACUGCACCCAGGACUACAAUGUCACAAACCAAAAGCACAAGGAGCACCCCAAAGUCUUCUACAACUAAAGGCACCAGUAAAAAGACAACUACUCCAAAGACCAGCACCACAGCACCACGCAUCACUGAGCCAGCCAAACCUACUCAAAGGCCAGGUAACUCAUUAUAUACUAGGUCAGGGAUAGGCAACCUUCGGCACUCCAGAUGUUGUGGACUACAUCGCCCAUAUUGCUCUUACACCCAUAAUGCUGACAAAGCAUCAUGGGAGGUGUAGUCCAAAACAUCUGGAGUGCCGAAGGUUGUCUAUGCCUGUACUAGGUAAUAGAAGUUUGUAAUUUUCAUAAAGGUAUGAAACAAGCCAAAUUUUGCUUUUUUUUUUUUUUUUAUUAAUUAUGUUAAUAAAUGUUAUGUUAUUUAUAUUGGAGAUAAACAUAAUUCGCUGGAGCUGUUGUACUGUUUUGCAAAAAUGUAGUGCAGCGUAGCACAUAUUUCUACAUUUUCUUGCCUCUGACAGUUAUCACAAAGCUGUAGGAGAACUAUAGUCCUGAAAAUAACAAUUGACUGUAAGUUCCCUUUAACUGUAAGUAUAGCUAAUAGUGACAAGCAAUUUAUAGAACCAGGUGAAUACAUAUGGCUGGAUCUAAUUUAGUUAAAAUAAGCAUGAAUCCUUGUAGCUUAAAGGUAUACUGUAGUCACUAUAACAAUGUCAUCUAUUUGAAUUCGUUAUAGAAUCCUGAGUCCACCGGCACUGACCCUUUAUUCAGUCUUAAACCAUUUUAGAGUAGUGUAACACUAAAUUAGUGUCCCUUGCCACCCACAGUCUGGCCCCUUCUGGAGGUGUGGCUAAGGCAAUGAUUACACACUUCCUUGUUGACAUAUCCAUCCAUACCAUCAGUUCGAGCUUUGAUAGGCUAGAAGCAGUCAUCUGAUACUCUCAGCCAGUCACAGCUGCCCACUGCUGCUCAGGCUAAUACUUCCUCAUUAGCCAAAGCAGCACUGAGGGGAUGAGCUGCUGGGAAUCUCAUUUAGGAUUCAAACGUUCAAACAGAGGAUUUAAACUCCAAACAUCUUUCUCAAAGCCUCCAAUCUCAUAGAACUAUAUACAAUCGAUAAAUUAAUAUUGUAUCAGGUUAUAUGUGGUCCCAGCUCUCAGGUACAUCCAAAGAAUUCCAAAGAAUCAUUACCUCUUCACUUUAAUGGGGCCCAAUAUCGUCUUUCUCUGGUUCAGUAAUAAUAAUUAGCAACAAUAAUAAUUUUUUUUUAAAUAUGGUUUUAUCAACUGGUUGGGUGCAAUCUACAGAUAUUUAGCGUGUAUAAAGAAGGCGGGAUCCUUGCAUUCAAAAUCCACCCACAACUAAAAAAUAAUCAAAUAUUAAGUGGGAAAAUACAUCAGACCUUCAUGUAUAUAAUUCUAGACCUUUCCAAUAGCUACAGGUGAAAAUUGCUAGUGUAAUAAAAAUGUUUAAAACAUUUCUCCAAAUAAGAGCGUGAUCAAUUUGAACAGUGGUCAAUUUCCCUUAAAUUCAGAAAAAUAAAUUUGGAUGUUCUAAAAGUCAUCUUUAUUGCUGGGGAACUGUCAUGGAUCUGAAACUUGUUUAGUCCAUGUGAGAUCAUCCAGGGAUCAUAGAAAAGAAUUUCUGAAUGAGGCAGGUUCCCCUGGGGUUCUUUAGAAUUUUCAUAAUCUUUUUGCAGCUUAAUACAUGUUAUAUUCCAGGGCUCGAUAAAACCCAGGCGACUUGGUGUUUCUCAGCCAAAUACAACAGGGAGGCAGGUGGCUGACUAGGGUAACAUGGAGCCGGGCGGCUGAGAUUGAGUGGAGGCAUGCAGCAAGUGAGCAGAAACCUUCCUGUAGUUCUUGCUCUGCUCCCUCGCGCACCCUGCUGCGAUGCCGGCCUUCGCAUUACUAAACAGUGAGCGAGGGAACAGAGAAAGAAGAGCUUGAAGAUUACAUAAUCCCCACUGGACCCCAGAAAAAGGAUCCACUCCACCUUUCCCGUUCACUUUUAUAUAUUUCUGCCUUUGUAUCCUACUGCUCGACAGUCUGAGUGAAAAAGCAAAUUAGCUUAUGCCCACACAAUGUACUGCAUUGGCUAUUGCGAAUAUUACACAAAUGACUUCCGGUAUCACUGUUACCAUACUUGUUGAAAACCCUUCAAUAAAGAUGGUACAAACUGUUGCCAAGUUUAAAUGAAAAGGGUCCUUGUUUUCUUGCUAUGUCAUAUAAUGAUUAUUAUCUGAUUCUUGAAAUGAUGCACCAUUCUUACAUGGAUGUAGAGGUCGUGGUGAUAUGUCAUUUUUGGUAGAUAACCGCCAGAAGAAAUUACAAUUUCCCCACAACAGUCUAAAUUACACUGUUUUGUUUUUUUUUUGUAGUGCCAUGUACGACUGCCACGUAUAAGUGCUCCAACAGAGUCUGCAUCAGCAAAGCCAACCCAGAGUGUGAUGGAAUCCCUGACUGCAACAAUGGCUCGGAUGAGCAAAACUGCGGUGCGUAAGUUUACCAUCAGAAAAUGUUCCCCAUCCAGGUUUUAACUUUUUAUGUUUAAUUAUGAAAAACAACUAUUGGCACUUCAGCGGCAUGAUCUAUACACAAAAACUGCUUCAUUAAGCUAAAGUUGUUUUGGUGACGAUAGUGCCCCUUUAAGUCUAAAUUGAACUCAUAGUGUGAAACACUGACCUCUGCCUAGACAGGAUAAACCAUUGAUAGCAAAAUCUUUGUAUAUAAGAGUAUUUAAGAAUGUCUUUUAGAUUAACUAUUACAUUUGGAAUCGUGCAAGAGUUUCUUAAUUGGGCGGUUGAAUGUAUUUCUCUCACAGAUUGUGGUUCGGCCCCAGUGAUUCCCUUUAACAAGAUAGUGGGAGGAAGUGGCUCCCUUCGAGGGGAGUGGCCGUGGCAGGUCAGCCUGUGGCUGCGAAGAAAGGAACAUAAGUGUGGAGCAGUGCUAAUCUCAGACCGCUGGCUACUCUCUGCCGCCCACUGCUUUGAUAUGUAGGUACAGUAUUUGCAAGUUAACUCUAUUACAUACAUUCCUUAUGUUUUUAACAAAACAAACUAAGGGAGGCUUCAGCGGGCAGUAGUCACCAUAUGAUCUGUUUUAGGAGUGAAGGGUGUAUUAAUUGGGUAUAUUCAUAAAUUCAUUCCAGAUUGUGUGUUUCCAAUUUUUAUUUGAACCAUUCAAUAGAAAUAAUUAAUAACAUAAGCCAGGUAUAGUUGGUAUAAACUAGUAUGAAGGGGGUCCUGCAGUUGCCGUAUCAUUAGAUAAAUAUGAACCCACUGUUGGUGUGGGAUCUACCUAAAAAAUUAUUUUACCAACAAAAUCCUUUGCUGGCAUUAAUAUUGAUAUAAAUGGUACACCGGGGAUGCUGGCUGUAGUAUUCUAAUAGACAGUGGAACAUUGGCAUAUCUCUGUUUUUCCCAUCCGCCACACUUUGCCUUAAGGAUGAAGGAAGCAGAACCAUAACUCACAUACCUUGCGGCUAAAAGUGGUAGCACUACAGCAGUGCUGUUAUGUCCCAGUGCUGUCAGGCUGUGUAUGCUUCUAUUGGACUAUUGGGGGCAUCCCCUGAUCUUCCCAAAUAUUCUGUCUGGGCUUUCUAUAAGCUCAACAAUAGUUAAAAAGAUGCUGGAGACCAGGGGUAAGCAACCUUCAGCACUCCAGAUGUUGUGGACUACGUCUCCGUUGAUGCUUCGCCAACAUUAUAGCUGUUAGAGCAUCUUGGGAGAUGUAGUACACAGUGUUUGGACUGCCAAAUGUCGCCUACUCCUGCUAUAGACGAUAGAACACUGUUCAAUCAAAAUAUAGGUUACUUGAAAAAUACUUUGGGGAGCCAAAAAUUUGCAUACUUACCUUUGCAUACUUACCUGGGCAGGUGUAUGGAUUCACAGGUACAUUCCUAUUUUACUUUUGGUUUGACAACCAGUCCAAAACAGAUGGUGUAUCCUGUAACUUUAAUCGUUUUUUUUUUUUUUUUAUUUCUCGAUUUAAUACUGAUUCUUGGCAUGUUCUACGAGUCGGGUGAUUGUCUGCUCUAUUCUUCUUAAACUGAACUGCAGAUCUCUGGAGCAAUGCUGUAUUAUUUAGGUGGACGGGUCCUCUGGACCCCUUUCACAUUGUUACCCGUGCACAUCCAAUCUCUAUCCAGAGCCAAAGGUUGGAUUCAGGUCUACUUUUAACGGAACGAAAUAUGGGAAGCUUGGCAGAAAGUGGCUGGAUUUUCUCACUAUAUAAAUGGUGCAAUUCGACUACUGUCCAAUGCUUGUAUUCUUCCUCAACAGAUACAGUGACCCCAAGCUGUGGGCAGCGUACUUGGGCACGCCAUUCCUUAAUGGGGUAGAAGGACGGGUUGAAAAGAUUUUCCGGAUCCACAAGCACCCUUUCUAUAACGUGUAUACUCUGGAUAAUGAUGUGGCUUUACUGGAACUGCCCUCUCCCCUGGCCUACACCAAUCUCAUCAAGCCAAUUUGUCUUCCGGACAGCAGUCAUAGCUUUCCAGAGGGAACAAGAUGUUUCAUCACAGGAUGGGGCUCAACCAAAGAAGGAGGUAAUGUUGAAGUAAUGACACAAUGGUAAAAACAGAACAUUACAGAUAUGCUGAUUACAGAUGGAGACUGAGAUUUUUGCACUCAUACUUCUUAACAAUGUGUGCAUUAAAAUGUUAUUCAGAACAAUAAUACAAAGGAAACUGAUUAAACAUAUAAUUAAAGGAACACUAUAGGGUCAGAAACACAAACAUGUAUUCCUGACCCUAUCGUUCUAAACCAACCAUAUAGGUGGAUUGCUUGAAUCAAUGCAACUCUGAGGAAAAUUCAGAGUCCCAAUGCAGAGUGUGGGAACGAUGAACGGCAGGGCUGCUUACUGUGCAUCCCUGAGCCAGGAAGCCCCUCCAGUGGCCAUCUAAUAAGUGGCCAUUUGGAGGUGUACCUAGGGGCAAUGUAAACACUGCCUUUUCUGUGAAAAGGCAGUGUUUACAUGAAAAUGCCUGACGGGAACUAUUAUACUAACCAGAACAACUACAUUAAGCUGCAGUUGUUCUGGUGACUAUAGUGUCCCUUUAAGGCAUAAACACCUAUGAAGGGCAAGUAAAUAUCACUCCGUCUGAAGUAGAGUGAUUUGUAUAGAUCAGUUUACACAGACCAGCAGUCCCAUAUUACCCAUGCCCCAAAGGGACCAGAAUUUACAAGCGGCUCAUCUGUCAGGCUCAAUGAGUUGAAGAAAAGUGUUCAGAUCUGAUGUAGGAAGUAGCCUAUACUGGUAGACAUCUUUCACCACAAUUAGUGAACCAGGAGUACCCAAUCUGUAGGGAUAUGAAUCACAUACAGUCUUGGUGAUGAAGGAAAUCGAUUUCUUCCAGUGGAGUGUAGACCUAAAUAAAGGGACACUACCCUACCCAAAAAGGGCAAAAAAGUAAUAACUAAUUAGUAGAAUAUACCACAAAUGAAUACAUGCAUGUAUAUAUUAAAAGAGCUUCUUGUGAACUGCAGCCUUUGCAAGCAUCCCCUUUUUUUCCUGUGAAGAGACUAUCAGCAUCUACACGGGAUAAUAGGAUACAUUUUCAUUGAGAAACCUCCGUAGUUCCCCUGUGUGUGCGCACUGCACAGUGUUCUUAUUGGAGGUCUGAGAAGAAGGUCGACAGAGGGGAGGCAGGAGAGUGCAAAUGUCACUUCCAUUAGCUCAGGGGGACUAACCGAAGCAGGAAACAAAAUACCACUGGCUGUCUGUUUGCCAGACAGGAUGGGGUUUCAUUAAUUAUAAUUAAUAAAAAUCAGCACUUUUAUAAAGUGCCUUGGAAAUGGGUGUGAAGUAGUCUUUUACAUGUAACAAUGUUUUGACAGCUAGAACUAGAGCUGCUUUGUUGGUGUUUUUGUGAAAAGGUAAAAUUUGGGGGGUAAAAGUGUAGAAAUAAGUUGUCGUUAAUCGCUGGGGCUCCGGAAGACCAUCCAUGUUCUCAUUUCUGCUCCUGUAGAAAUCAAGGCAUCCACGCAGUAAAGAAAUGAAGUAUUGUUAAAUGUUGCUAGUGAAAAUCCUAAACUAUUGAGGACGUCCUAAAGAGCUGGGAUCUAAAUUCUAGAAAAAACUUUAACUCACUCUGUUGUGGUUUUGUGCUCCUUUUAAAGCACAAAGUCUGCAACAACCAGCCUCUGGAUGUUAGCCAUCAUGGCCCACAGUCCUCUCUUAGUAAAAAAGAGUUUUAAGCUUGUGACCCCGUCUGGCUUGAGAUAUAUAAAGUCCCUUUCAUCCUUGUCCAAGGACUCUGUGAGUCACAAUUUUACUUUUCGGCCUUUGGUAUCAAGCUAGAAUACCAUCAAUGUCCCCAGACCCAUCACCCUGCAUUGUAUUUUCAGUUUUCUUGCCAAUUGCAAGCCUGGCUCUCGGGUUAGUAGUGAAUAAAUGAGUUUGAAGCACUUGCCUUUUAGAAGACAAAAACCUCAGUGCCAGUUCUGUUCAGCAGUAGCUCAGUCACCUGUAUAGUUGCUUGCUUAGCCAGGACAACUUUUAGAUAAAAUGCCUUGUAAAAAGAAUAAUGCACUCUUCUCAGGAAUAUAUUAAUAUAUCUACUGAAAGAGUUAGAAAACAUGCACGAUUUUCACGAAAUUUUGACUAGUUGAAGGAAGUACUCGGGAAAUACAUCAAAAUAUGGUUCAAUGUAUGGUUUCAGGAUAUGUUCCUAUAAACGGAAGCAAUGUAUCCAUUAAAAAAGAGAAACUUCUAUACAUUUACAUAUCUGUUUUUCAGGUCCAAUGUCCAGGCAACUUCAGAAAGCCUCAAUCAGCAUUGUUGGGGACCAGACUUGCAAAAAAUUCUACCCUAUUCAGAUAAGUCCCAGAAUGCUCUGUGCUGGUUUUAUGCAAGGAGGGGUGGACAGUUGUUCUGUAAGUAUUACAGCAAGGCUUAUUGGACAUAACACUACUGUAUUCUACCAUUCAAUCUUAUACCACAUCUAUAAAUAAUUUGUGUGGCUCCUGGAUAUUAACAUUGCAAGUGCUUACAGUUUUUGUUUUGUCUUUUUAGGGAGAUGCUGGGGGCCCUUUGGCAUGCAGGGAAACCUCGGGGCGGUGGUUUUUAGCUGGAAUAACUAGUUGGGGUUACGGCUGUGCAAGACCUUACUUCCCGGGGGUUUAUACCAGGAUAACAUCUGUCCGCAGCUGGAUUGGACAGACUUUACGAUUAUGAAGAUUCUGACUCAGGGAUGGGCAAGAUUAGAAGCCCACUCACAUUUAACAAGCAGAAGAAACUUGCUGGGUCAGGUUCAAAUCCUGGCAGUAGACAGACAGUGGAGUUAAAAAGGACAAUUACACUUCCCAAAUCAUUUUAUUCAUCUGCCUGCUUUGAAAAGCAGAACAUUUAGAGUAUAUUUUCUAUAAAUAAAGGUGACCUGUUAUUAUGACAACAAAACAAUGUAUUUGUGUUCGACAACAUGUACAUGCCUGUACUAGGAUUAUCAGACCUUUCUAUUUACAUCAAUAUAGCAAAG